AUGAUAAAGAACGUUCAAGGAAUAAAACUAGCCAAGACUGUGGGACAUGGGGUUGUUGUCAAGCCGUUCCCCGGAGCCACAAUUCGCGACAUGCGUUCGUACGUUGUUCCUGCAAUUGAUAAGUCUCCUGAUCAAAUUUUUCUACAUGUGGGUACCAACGAUCUGAAAUCAUCUACACAAAGUGAUGUGGCAGAUGCUAUUAUAGACUUGGCCAGAGAGGUUGAGAAUGCUUCCCAGUCUGAAAUAAUUAUAUCUGAACUAACUGCAAGGAAUGAUGAUUACUGCGACGCCCUCAAAGCGGUAAACAAACGUCUAAAACGAUUUUGUAACCAAAAUAGCGGGAAACUAUGCCAUGCUAACAUUAGUUCAAAAGGACUUAACAAAGGUGGACUGCGCCUAAACAGGGAAGGUAACGAGCUUCUGCAAAAGAAUUUUGUAAAUUUUCUGAGAUCUUAUUGAUUUCCUAAUUCCAUGAAUGUCGAUUAUCCUCUAGUUUCUCAAACGUUGCCACAAUUAGUAGACAGCGAAGUUCAUUCAGGUAGUUCGGGUCCUUCCAAUAUGUCUAAUUUUUUACCAGCUAAACAUGGUUUCAAAAUGGCCGAAUUGAACGUUAACAGCCUCGUCAAACAUGUUGACGAACUUAGAGUCUUUCUUGCUGAGUUUUCAUUUGAUAUUCUGGCAAUUAGUGAAACCAAACUUGACUAAUCCAUAAAAAAGUUCCGAACUCCAUAUACCAGGCUAUGAAUUUAUCCGUCUUGACAGAAAUAGACCUACUGAAAUUCGUAAACCGAACUGUAAGUCAUUUCUAGUAGCAACAUGGUACAGACCUCCCUGUUCUCCAGCCGAUUUAUUUUCGAGUUACAAGUCAUUUAUAGGCAAAUUAGAUUCUCUCGACCUAGAGUACCAUUUGUUAGGUGACUUAAACUGUAAUUUGGCUUCUCCUACACCUGAUGCGAACACUAAUCGUUUAAACCGUUGUUUAAACAGGGCGAGUCAUUUGAUUUAAACAACUACCGACCUAUCUCAGUCAUUUCCGUAGUCGCCAAAGUGUUCGAGAGGAUUGUGUACGAUCAGUUAUACAACUUCUUAAGUAGUGAAGAAAUCAUCUCUAAACAACAAUCUGGUUUCCGGUCUCUACACUCAACUGUUACUGCACUUCUAGAAGCCACUGACAGUUGGGCGUUUAAUAUCGAUCGUGGCUACGUCAAUGCCGUAGUGUUUCUCGACUUAAAAAAGGCAUUCGACACUGUUGAUCAUGAGAUAUUACUAACUAAAAUGAUUCGGUGUGGAAUUCAAGGUAAAACUCUUGAUUGGCUUAAAUCGUAUUUGACGAAUCGCACACAACGGUGCUCAGUUAACUGUUGUCUCUCUGACUUCACCACUCUUAAAUGUGGUGUGCCACAGGGAACCGUUGGCCCGCUUUUAUUUCUAAUAUAUAUUAACGAUUUGCCUGACUGUCUUUCGUUCAGCAUACCUAGAAUGUGUGCUAAUGACACCCACAUUACUUAUGCUAGUUCUGAUUUGCAUUUGAUUCAGUCUAGUCUAUCUCACGACCUUAAAAGCUAAGCAAAUGGCUUGUGUCUAACAGACUUACCUUGAAUGCUACCAAAACUGAAUUUAUGUUAAUCGGCUCUAUCUGAUACACUCGAACUUUCCAUUAAGAAUGUUCCGAUUGAACAAGUUCCCUCUGGGAAAUCACUUGGAAUAUAUAUCGAUGAAAAUUUAACGUGGCAUUCCCACAUUGAUAAACUGUGUUAAAAGAUCGCUUCUGCAAUUGGAGCCAUAAAGCGAGUUAAGCCAUUUGUGCCUCAAUCCACCCUACUCAAUACAUACAACUCACUAGUUCAAUCUCACUUUGAUUACUGCAGCCUAGUCGGGGGUAAUUGUGGCAAAACAUUAUCUAACAAGCUACAAAAACUGCACAACCGUGCUGCACGAGUAAUAACUUCAUCAAACUUUGACGUAGAUGUCGAUUCCUUGUUUCACAAACUCAGCUGGAAAGACUUGAAAUCUCAACGUCAAAUUCAGAACGCCUUAAUGGUUUUCAAGUCUUUAAACGGGCUGGUUCCCGAAUAUCCCACGUCUAAAUUUAUAAAGCGAAAUGAAUCAAACUAUUCUCUGAGGGACUCGGUAAACAAACUUGUCCCCUUUCCAAGAACUAACGACAUGAAAAAUAGUUUUAGUUACAGCGGCGCAACCCUUUGGAACAGCUUGCCCUGUAACAUUAGAGAGUCUGGUUCAUUAAAUCAAUUUAAACGCCUUCUCUAUCAUAAUUUUUAAACACGGCAUUCAUGGAAAUCAGGUCUUUGUAAGUUAAUACAAUGUUAGGAUUAGGAUUUUUAGGUUUUAGGAUGUUAGUCAUUGUAUUAGAAUUUCUUACACCUGAUGUAUUUUGUUACCGUGUAUAAAUAACGAUUAAAGGAAGAAAGAAAGAAAAGCUAUAAAACCCAAAGUCCCCUGUGUCGCGUUCCCAAUGUAGCUGACACGGGCUGUUGUGCACUGGAGCUCGGAAGGUGUCAACCACAGUAUAGAAAUGAACGGCACAAGUGGACUCAACAGCAUUUAAUUUGAUCAUCAACUCGUCCGAAUAUUGUACACAUGUUGUGAAAACUAAAAGGGUUAAUUGCAAUGUCCAAGAUCAAAAAAGGGGCUAAGACUAAUUACAAAAGAAACAAAAUUGAAAGGAAGGCUGUAACUUACGUCUGAUCCUGUCUGAAAGGGCUAAAGAACCUCGAAUUUUACGCAACUCCAUAAAAGUAAAACUCCUGUGAAAACUCAGAUCUAUCUCCGUCGAUCUCCUCUAACUCCAACUCUGCAAAAACGUAAGGGGCGUACUCUAAUAAGGGUACAAUUCACCUGUACAGUUGUAAACUGGUUUAAAGCAAGAAUGGCUAGGUACGUAAGUGAUUGAAACGGUGGACAAUAGUACUUUAAAACUGGGGCAUAAAACUCAAUAAUGAAACAAAAUAGAACCGUAUCUUGUUUAGGAUCAAACCAAAACUAAGCUUAAUUAUGUGAUCAAGUUACUUUUUGAUUGAAUGUUCAUUACACCCUACGAAGCUAUUAGGCCACCCCCAAAAAUCACGAGUGAGAAACUGCUGGCCAGAAGUGUCUCGAGUUUAACUUAGCGUAAAAUUUAUUUAGCCACAUUUAUACUCAUCAACAAAGGUAAGCGUGGGGUAGGUGCACAAGACGUUGGUAGCGCCAAGGGCCGCAGCCAAGUGCAGUGCGUAACCAUGACAACCCUGUGGGUGGCAGCCAGUCAAACAGAGCUCUUCAGUGCGUGUAAAGCGAACGGGCCCGUAAACAGGGUGGUCACGGGACUAAAAACCCGUAAACCUUCCGGGUACUAUCCCCCUGAAACGAAAACGCCACAUACCCUAUAUAUGAAUGGCAGAAGAACCGGUAACCGGUAAGAGAAGUUGACACUCUCAGUUACUAUACACUAAAUGGCCGGAGACAGCUGAAUUGCCAUGACUGUGGAGCAGCAACAACCAGUUAAGUCAAGUUCAACGACAGCUGAGCUAGAGACUCAGGUGGAGUUCGUAUAUAUAGUAGGUAAGCACUGCCUUUCCAACAACCCAUCGCCUAGAUCAAAUGGCCAGGGACCCCAUUACAGUUGGCGACCGUGGCUUUACUAAUAGGGAAACUAUGGCUCGAAAAAUCUACUUGAAUGCCAGCCGACGAAACAGCCAGUUUGUCAAAGUAGCCGGUGACAAUGGCCUUCAGUACCAUCAACAUGGAGAAAUAGAAGCCGAGCACAGUCGCCUCCAAAAGACAAAUACUGCAUCAGUGCCCGAAUUACACAGAGAUAAUAGCGCCCCGUGUCUAUGUGAAUGAAACAACAUUUUGCGAACUGGAUCAGUUUCAGAGGCCUUGAUGUGCACUCGUACACAAGGUGGCGGGGGAGGGGGGGGGGGGGGGGAUUUCGGAGUCAGUGGCAAUAUCUGAAAUGCCCAUAUGCUGAUCCGGGAUAAAACUGCAGAAAUUAGGAACAGUUAAUCUCUGCUCACCUUAAAACCGACAAAAGUCAAGGUUCUGGCAGCACAGAAAUUACAGCGGCCGUACCGUGCUAGAUGUAAUGACUUGUACAUGAUCAUCAGAAUAGAAUGCGUAACUGGUACGCAAACACCUGAUGAAUCACCUAGCGCUUUGCAGUCUAAGACAAUCAAAUAAAGGGUCAGGGAAACCGAGGUCGAUAUGAAGAGAACGAACAGCUGGUAAGAACACUUUAAUGGUAGGAUAACGCACCGUCUGCUGGGCAAGGGGCCAGAAGGAUGAAGCUUCCUUCGCUGAGUACUAGAAUCAACGAGGCUGCGCCGCCGAGUAGUUAGAACCCUGGACUUGCAAUUCGGAGGCCCCGAGUUUACAGAGUUUUACAGAGGAGAAAAGAGAGAAACAAUUUUGACAGGUAAUGAUAACUGACUGCGUGCCGGGAUGUCGUCUUUUUCAGAUUUGCGAGUUGCGAGGUACUAUUUUAGUUUCGUUUAGAUAUUUCUUACACUUGUGACCAAAUGUUAUUACAGUUGUGACGUUUGUGCCUUCGACAUUAGUGCUUUCAACAAGUGCUACUUCACAGAGCAAUCAUUGGCGUAGAAUACCUAAUAAUCCAUCAAUGAAUCUAUUUAUCUAUGCGUCCACGAUUCAAAAGGGAGGAAAACUUGUUGCUGUGUGUUCACGUCUUCUAUAAAAGCCGUGUUAAAGUGGAUUUCCACUGUGGCGUAAUUUUUCCGUGCGUAGCACCUAAAUUUUACGCGCGUUGAUAAAAUAGACAUUGUAUGGAAGGUCACGGGUAUACGUAAAAGUUGAACCUCGCUCAAGAGGGAGCAACAAUAAUCCUAUCAGAACUACCAGAAUCCCUCAGGAUUUUGUUUUUGUUUUUGGUUUUGUUUUGUGCGUCGAAGUUCAACCACAACCACAACGUCGUUACCAAAUUUGAACAUGGAAGGAAGAAAGAAAUCGGUUUUAGUAAUUGUAGUGAAAUGACUCCGUUGUGAAUGUCCUAUUGGUUUAUUGGCUUUCAGUCCAAGCAUCGGGGCGAUCCUGAACCACGUAUCGAGGAUUUAGACAGCUGCAUGCUUAAUCAGGUAAAAUAACCGAAUAAAACAAUGUUUGGAAUCACUUAACUUGGACAUUAUUCCAUAAUACUGUUUGUACAGGGUGUCUUAAAAGUUCGUUCCUCUGAUUUCAUGCACUAUAACUUUUGAUCAAAACUAUAUUUUUACAUGAAAUUGCUAGAAGAUGUUUAUUUCUCUAUCAAGUACGUGUAUUCAAAAUUUCAGUAACUGACAUGCCCUUUUUGUUUUUUUAUCACAUUCUGUAGCCGUUGAGGCAUGAAUUGGGAUACAGCGUGUAGACCCAACCUCGUUCCCAGGGUUCUCUCCUACCCGCCCUACGGAGCGAGAGAGAAAGAGGGCGGGUAGGAGAGAACCCUUGGAACGAGGUUGCGUGUAGACCCACAAAUGAUCCAUUUUGAGCUUUUUUAUCACCUGGUGCGCAGGAUCCAGUUCAACCCCUAAACAAAAUUUGUUUAGUUUAGGCAGCUGAAAAAAAUAUAUUUUGGGAAUGCAACAAAAAAAGAUAAUCAUCCCGGCCCCCUUCCACAGCAAGGCUUUUGUACUUCUUUACAAAUUUGAAACGAGCUUGACGUUAAUUGGCAGACUAAGCAGAGGUUUUUUUUGCCAUCUCAGGGGCCUCUAAUUUUAAACAUUUUGAACAGCUUUUCACGACCCUUAUAUUUGGCUUGCUAAGUAUCUGAGACUGAGCUUCCUUGUCGAGUCUCCUAUUUUGUAUCUCGCCUUUGUUAAAACUAUUUUAGCUGCUUCAUUCACGGCUUUUGGUCUUCCCCUUAGUUUCUUGCCUUCAAAACCUUCAUUUCUCCAUGAUCAUUCUACCACCCAACAUUCGAAUGUUUCCAGUUUUUUAGCAAUUUCUACAACAGAUAAGUCAGUAAAUCGAAGUAUACAGGCUUAUGCUCUCACGCAGCUGAACGUUUUUGCGUUAAGGGGGUUUAUCUUUCAUGAUAUUCACAAAAAACAAGGAAGGAGUUCGAGCAAUUCGGGCUAUGAAAUACAAAAAAUAUGUGGCUGGAAAAUAUACUCGCGCACUCGCACCUUUGGCGUGGAAGUACACAGAUCGAAUAUUCGAGUCAAAAGAUGGCACAAAAAUUAUGAAAAUAGUGAAUUAUAUUGAAAGACACAACUUUUGUUGAAACGAUUUCCUUACCAAGUCCAAUCGUACUGAAAUACAGACUUAUAAAGUAGAAGAACGAACUUUUGGGACACCCUGUAUUUGUGAAAUUGCACAUUAAUCUGGAACAGUAACUCAAAGAUUCCUCCCACAUCUCAAGAUUCCAAUUUUUUUUUCCGAGAACGAACGGAAAUUUUUUUAAGUUUUCUGUAGCAAAAGGGCACGGGAGAGCCCACUGGCGCAACCGCAAAUGAGAAGCAAAGGACUUACGAGAAAUCUUGGUUUUAGUGGAAAACAGGUUGCUGAUAAUGAAUUCCUUAAAACUGUGAAAGUGCUCUCGCUUUGGCUUUUUGAUAAAGAAUUUCAAUGUCUUAAAACACAUGCCUAUCCUACGUUAGCAGAGUCUAAAUAUUUCAUUUUAGAAAAACAUGUGCUACGUACCACUCCGAAAAUUUAUGAGUGCACACAAUGCCUUUCGCAGAAAUAAACCGUAAAACAUAAUUGCAGAUACAAAGUUUUUCCUUGUUAUCUUCACUAGGCUCCUGGAACGCCGCCCUUGUCAAUUCUAGGCUUUGAUAAAGGAUUCCAUGGUCGAACAUUAGGUGAGAAUUCUUAAAGUCACAUCUAUCCAAUCUUUCCUUUUUUAACUUAUUAUUGUGGCACUGCGAUAUCAAACGUGUCACUCGGGUGUACGCAAAUUCGUAAUUAGUUGGCUCCGCACGAAGGCGCCCGAUAUCAAAACGAUAUCACUCCCGUUCCGAGAUCAAGAAGUGCUGAGCGUGCAUUGUGCCCAAAGCUAUUCAUUUACAUGUAGACUUUGAUUGUUUCAAAUUAGCACUAUGGCCAACUUUGAGACAGGAGUUUAUGAACUUUUGAAGCUUUUUGACUAGUCAAGGCGAUAAACAUGACAAAAAAAUCAGCAAUUGCAUUGCUCUGCGACUCCUAAGCUGGUCCAAGCUCAUGAUUCUCACGAUUUCUCAAAUUUUCUCACGACAAGUCUCCCAAUCUCAUGGUUUUGUGGUGAAAUAUCAUUCUGAAAUGAAAUGUUUCUUUGUUCAAUAAAAACGGAAAUGUCUACUGUUUCUGAAUCAUAAUUGAUUCUCCUCGUGUAAACGUUGCUGUUAACAUUAACUGUCGUGGCGCAAUUGUUUGGUCGGUUUGUUUUAUUUUGUUUUGUUUUGUUUUUGACAUUUUUUCAUUUUCUGACAGACUUGAAAUAUGCCGGUAGACUAACUGCAGGUUCAUUGUCAGCUUUCAGUUCUAAAAUAAUUAAUCCACAAGUUAGCCAUUGGCACCCUUUGAUCCUUUUCUUUUCUACUAUUUUUUUUUCUACUGGAUUGCUAGUUACUCUUCAAAAGGAGUUAAAAAAUACUUAGCACUGAACUUACUUUCCUCAUUGAUUUAUACUAAGCUUGUUUCCAAGCCGGCAAAACCAGUUAUUAUAAUGGAACAAAGACCUACAAACCACAGGGAAUCCGAACCUGUAUUAGCUAUAUCAUAAGCAGUUAUUGCGGGCGACAAGAGGAGCCCGCAGCCUAAUCUUGACUUGGUCAGCGGCACUUUUUUAUUUGUAUCGUGAGAUUUUUCUCCAUCUGUUCACGUUCUUGAGAUUCCCUUGUUCUUCCAACUGAUAUGCAUGGUAUGUGAAUGGUCAGCUUUUUUCACGAUGCUGCGAGUUGAGCUUUUUUCACGGUGCUGACGCUGCGUAUCGCUGUAUGCGUAGGAGUUCGAGAAAGAAGAAGAGGUGCAAGAAGAUUAGUGAGUGUUCGGAAAGAGUGCGUUGAGUUUAAUACAAUUGAUUUCAGUUUAAACUUAUAUAAAUCCUCAAAGUUAAACACUUGUUCUCCAUUUCUCUCAUUGUUUUCACGAUUGGUGUUUAGUAUUCGAAGCAUGUUUAUCAAUUUGCCUAAGCUAUUGCGUUGCUUGUUUGCCGGCCUUGAAACUAUUUACCCAGGAAAAUGAAAGUAGAGCCUGAUCUCAGCUUAGUGCGGGACAAGUUUUCGUUAAGAUACGAGUGUUAACAAAGUCUAGAAAGUUUAUUCAGGUUUUACUACAGUGCAUGGUUUUAAUAUUUUUGUACGUUUCCAACCAUGUUACGUCGCUUGUCAUCAGAGCGAAAGCUUCAAUUAAGCUUUAAACCCUGGUGGUUAUUCAAGCUGUUUCAUUAUUUUCUAUUGCAUAUCAACGGCCUUUGGUCAUUGGACACGGAUUGAAUAUUCGAUUGAAUAUAAAUAAGACCUCCUGCAGUCAUGACUGUAAACAUGCAUUACUUGUGUCACGCAUUGCUGUUUCAAUGUACAUACAUCCAUAGGCGUACGGGAAAUUUUUUGCCAGGGGGGGCGGUAAACCAUUUGCCCAAAAAAAUCUCCUAAGUUGCCCAAAUUUUUACGAAAGAGUCGAAAAGAAAUGAGGGCCAUAUUGCAACAACAUAGGCCCUCCUGGUAUAUGAAGGUGGCUCGAUACAGGUUUUCAGGAUCAAUACCAACUCUGAGCAUAAACUACGUCGCCAUAAGCAAACAUUUGGAAAAACUGCGACCACAGUGGUAUUAAGAUGAAAAUUUGGCAUUAUCAGGGUUGCAGUGACAUCGGAGUUGUCGUAGCAACGAAAUGACUCCAUUACCUAUUUUUUCUCGGUACGGGAACCUUACAAAAUCGUUCACAGGAGCUUUUUUCUCCAAUACGGUCGCCUCGAUGUUCGUGAAGUUUAAGCAAAACCUCAAAAGCGUUAUCGAGAUAUUUUGCAAUGAUUUUUUAUUAUUAGAAAUACGGUAAGGAAAAGAAAGUCUUGAUUUUUGGCCAUUAUCUGUAGAAAAUGAAGUGCUUUUGUCCUGCAAUUUCACCUCAUAGUAGCUUUAAUCGUUUUAAAAACUUGUGUGAAAGAUCGUGGAGGUAGCUCUGCUUGAUUGCUGGAAUCGAAAGAAGGAUUUGAUUAGUAUGUAUCGAGACACUCUUGUUAGCGGUUUUGUAAACAUUUCGGUCUACUUUAACAAAUCAGCGGAUAAUUUUAAACCGCUCGAUAGAUUUUUUAAAAGAAUUAAGAUUCUUCUCGUAAUUCAAACUGAGAAUUAGUCAGCCACUUCUUCAUGUUCAUACAGUUUUCAGUCGAAAUCGCGCGGAAACGCUUGCUAUGCAGGCAAUACCCAUUGCUAAAUGCUAUCUGCCAUACACUGUUCUUCGAGUGGAGAUGAUUCUAGAAAGUUAUGCGAAAGUUUAUUUUAAUUAAUUCUCGACUGGAAAUAGCCCAUUCCAGCUAGUGCAGUGCAGUAUAGUGCCCAUCAAAGAAAAAACUGCAAAUAUGUAAAUUACUCAUCACAUGCUAAGCAACCACUGUAAUGUAACUGGAUUAUUACGCCUACUUCAGGUUAAUAUUCAGCUCUUUAAAAUAAUUAAAUGAACAUGGAGACUUCCUUUAAAAACUGGCUUUGCCCAAAUUUCCUCUCGCUGCCCAAAAAAUCUGAGUUGCCCAAACUUUGGGGGGGCUGCAGCCCCCCUCGCCUCCCCGGCCCGUACGCCUAUGCAUACAUCUUUGCUGGAGAAUACCGCCGUCUCCUCGCUACUCACCAUUUGCAGGGUGAUUGUAUCCAAGCAAAUGUAAAUAAAAUCGUUGAAUUAAAUAUGUGUUUACUAUGUCGUUCAAUCCAGUCUAGUUUCCAUGAUCGGCAUUGAUAUCCUUUUGUUCACACUGGAACUAAAACGGCUUACACAAUUAUGAAAGCGGUUUUCAGCAAUCACAUCUUCGACCGCAUUUCCUAGACAACGGCUACUGCUAGUUUUACAUACUGUUGUGAAGUAUUUUGUAGGUUAUUUUAAGUUUAUUUCGUGUUUGUGCUUGACGUUUCACUCGUGAAUAGAGUCUUGUUAUGAUCAGUUUAUAGAUCAAGUUUAAUCCGUAUAUGUGUUAACAGGUUUUUGAGUGUUAUUACCUUUUUAAAUGGGUUUGUCGACCAAAGUGUCAUCAAGCUUGGGGUUUAAAUAAGUUUGAUUGUCAGUUUUUAAGUGGGUACGUUUUGGAACCAUUACUGACCUUGAUCGUUACGUACAUCAGAGUUCCUGUUUUGGUUUAAGGUAGAGUCUCGUGGGUUUAGCUGUCACGCUUUCAUUGGUUUUCUUAUGGGUUUGUCUAUUCCACUUUGGUUAUCAACAGGAAAUUCGUUUAAGUCACUCGGAAAAGCGUUUGUAACUCUCAUGGUCAGCAAGCCUAGACGUACCUACGUUUUACUUAUAUAAGUUGCCAGUGUUUAGCACGAGAAGAGAGAAAGUAGUUGAGAUUAGUUACAUAUGAGCUGCUGUAAAGAUUAGAGAACAACAAGAUGUAAACUCACAUACCUGGUACCUCUAUGCUCAGCGAGCGAGUUGCUCGUAAACCCCCUACAAUACCUGUGUCCUGAGUCUUAUGACUCGUUUCAAGAGGUUUUGUUCAAUCUUGACUGGCACGCGCCAGUUACUUCUCAAGUUUCCCUUAUUAUUAACUAAUAUAUAUAUUUAACAAUUAUUCCACGAGGGCGCGUUGGAUAUGAGAUGGUAAAUAGCCAACGAGGCGCGUUUACUUGAAACGAAUAAUUAUGGUUCAACCUAUACUAUGCAAAUCCAGAAAUUAAUGCGUAACAGAUUUUAAAGCAAAAAAAGAACAUUGUAAGUCAAAUUCGAUCACAGCAAUAGCGAAAAGAGUUCUUACCCAUACUUGUGCAUCACUGACUCCCAUACCCUCUUCACCACAUGACGAAAGAAUUUCCGUUAAGCUGCGUGGCACUUUAGAAAAUAGAGGUAACAAAAAUGUUCAUUAAAAAAAAUCAUGAACCAAAGUGCCGUGUUUAGGUUGAAGUUAUCCUUUCCAAACGUUUCGGGCCUGCCCCUUCAUCAGUGGAAUUCCCAGUCCGUUGAAACCGUUGCAAGGUUUAUAUACGCCAUAAAUUACAAAUAAAAAUUAAAGGCUUUGUAGUGCAGGCGCGGCUCUGCGCGCGGCCUAGAGGAAACGGAAGUCGGAGUUUAAACCGCGCGGCUGACUGGUGCCAAGUUGAAAUAUCAGGGGCAAAAGUCGAUGUCGAUGGCCACAGCUUAAAGUGUCUGCUGGAAGGCUUUAUCACUAGACGCAAAGUUGCUCAAAGUUCUUCUCUCAACUGUACGGUUGUAGCACUAUCAUAGCGAGUCUUUUUCUGUGUCUAAUCGAGCGUCACUGAAGAAUUUGGCUUUCGCAGCUUCUGAUUUACCGAAAUCGUCAAUGAAAAUAGCCUCCCCUUAGCGGAAUUGAAUGGGGAAAACACUGAUGGUAACAGGUUUUAGUGUUAUCAGCUGGAAGGCUUUAUCACUCGACGUAAAGUUGCUGAAACCUGUAAAUUUAUAUGUGUCUAACUUUUACUAAAGUAAAACAAUGAUCAAACUAUGGUAAAUUAGGAAACACGUGAAUAAGAGCAGUUGGCCAUUUUUGAAAAAUUGCGGUUAAUAUUUUGGUGAUCUUGGCAGAUAUAACAGAAGGAGAUGUACUUGUUAGAUAGUUUGUUCCGCAUAGUAGAGAAAUGUUUGAAACAGAUUUAGGGAAGUUCAUAGUUUCCACCCUGUAAAGUAUUGCCUCCACAGUGUUACCAGAAAUACCAGCAUUUACCACCGUGGAAGCGGGGAAGUAAUAAUUGUACUUAGGUGCGAACCUUUGCAUAUGUUUUGUAAUUGAAUCUCCUAUUGGCAUUGCUGUUUUUCCUUCCAGUAGGUUUGAAUUGAUUUCUUCUAUCUCUGGUUUUUUGGUUGUUCUAAGCUUCGAAGCCAGUGGCUCUCUCUGUACCUAGAUAUUUAAGGGGACAAGUUGUGAUUAAAAUUACAAAGAACUGGUGCUGGAGGAGAAAUGGAAUUUUAAAAAAGUAGAUAAUGUGAAAAGUCCUCAGCUGACAACAAAAUGCAUUAAUUUUCAUAAAUUAAUUAAGGUGGACCAUAGACUUAUAAAGUAGUACUCUCAGUUAUAAAAAUUAUUGUUCUACAGCUGUGUUGACGUAAUCACAAAUGUGAAGGUUAAAAUUGAAUGAUCUGGGUAUUUAUUAAUUAAAAUACCCAUGGGAUCAGUGAAACGAUGUGUACUUUGUGUAUUAUUUGUCACGUGCUACCUCAAUUUAUGAACUACUUCCAAAGCUUUAAUUAAUUUAUAUAUUUUUGGAAGUUGUGGUCAAUUACUUUUAUUUUCUUUUUAUUCUAGCCUUAUAAGCGACACUAUUCAAAUACAACUUCCCAGAGUAUUCUUCAGACAUUUUUAGAAAGAACUCAGAGUUUUUUAAAUUACCGUAGCCUUUUCCUUUGUUUGAGUAUGGAUACUAUUAGGAGAAAAUUAAUGUUCGUCAUUUCUGGAACUUAAGGGGUUAUUCAUUUUUUUAUUUCACCUCUGAUUGGAAAUACAGCUGUUAUCAAGGUGGGCAAGGCAUAAAAAGGACCUUACAAAAGACAUUUAAACUGCAUACUUGAACUGUUAGGAAUAUCCCUACAUUUUUAGCUUUCUUAAACUUGUUAUUUAUUACCUUAGUAUUUUAGUUUUUAAGGAUUUUUUGGAUUUUAUUUUUUCAUAGUUUCUUAUAAUAUAUAGAUUUAGCCAGGGCUAUAAGCGAAGCUCUGGUUAAUAAUACUUACUAGCAGUAAUCAUAGAUUAUAGUGCGUCGCCUUAGGGCCUUAGGCACCAGAUUAGUGCCAGCAGCACCCUAAACGGGGCAUGUAUUUUAUGAUUUCUUUUUUGUUCUAAAUAGGGUCAGGUUUUCAAAACCGUCUUCGAUGUAAUUUAAAUCCCUUCCAAAGCGACUCUUAAAGACUAAGGAACACAGAUAAAAAAAAGCAGCUGCCUAUGAUAUAGCUAAUACAGCCUUCGGGUUCCCUGUGUAUAAACAGUGAUAUUGUUAACAACAACAAAACCACCUGUGAUGGGAAUGCGUCUCACGACAAAAUAACUGAUCUAAGCAUAUAUUUAAAACGUUUGAAUUUCGACAGGUUUACUUGGUUUCAUUGCUUUUCUUAUCCAGAAAAAUGAUACAGACGUGCGGACACAGGCGUAAGAAAAACACACCAGUCGCAAAAGCUAAAAUGAAAGAGUAAAAGCAAACAAACAAAUAACGACUAAUAAGUGGAAAAAACAUGGAGUGUAAGAAGAUAGGAUUAGACAAUGCUUCAAAAAGCUAAACACGAAAAAAUGGAUCUUAAAAAUGACUUAGUUACCGUAACUUGUGAGCAUUGAAGUUGCCAACGAAACAAGAUGGAGGUUCAGUGUAAAUUCCCCACCGUGGGUAGGUGAAGAAAGAGAGGUAAUCAAGGAAAGUGUGCGAGCAUCCGAUAUAUGUGGAUGGCUUUAAGCUUCAAGCUUGAUUACAGGAUAGCUGAAAACGUUUUAGGGAAGAAAUGUAUUGCCCCUGUCCCUUAUAUAAUCGCAAAUUGAAAACGAACGCCCAACUCUCCCUCUGUGGCCUCCGCGCUGUAAAACAUCGUUAAUUCUGAAGCCAUCUUUUUUUAUGAGCGGGAAUCACGUGUCGUGAUGGUAGUGAGCGAACUGUUGAAGCCUUAAAAUAUGCAAAUUGUGCUUUACCAUAUCGAAAGCGUCUGGAUUUUUUUCUUUUAACGAAGGUUUUGAGUGAAUUGUCUUUCUUUAUCGAAUUCGACUUACCUGGCAAAAUUCAUAUUUCUAAAAGGCAAUAGGCUGGAUAGUAUUCAGGUGUAUUUGGUUCAUCUUGCUUAUUCUGAGGAUGCGUGAGACGCGUAAUCAUUUUUACACGAAAACGACGCUUUGCCUCGAAGACCACCAAAAAUGAAAACGAGCCUCCAGCUUGUAAAUAUGUUUACUUUGCUACUUUAGAGUUCCAUAGGCCCCCGUGUGGACGGACCGGUGCCGGUGGGAACUCUGCAGAAACUCUGUUCCAGUGACCUAUCUCCCGGUAUUCGCCUGUUUUAUAUUUAGUUUUGUACUUUGUUACAACAACUGUUCGAAAAUCGCCGUUUAACCAUGUACAGAUACACCUAAUUCAAUAAAGGUUGCUUUAGCAAUAAAUUGGUCAUUGACAAUUGGAAGUUGGACGUUUGGGCUUGAAGAACAGUGCAAUGAUGAGUGACCACCAAACAAUAGAUUCCCAGUGCCCUAUUACCAAUAGGGCAUCGUGUAGCGCAACACCUGGCGAAGCUGUGAUAAAGGGAAGCAAUAUGAAUAAAUUGAAACCAGCCAAUAGGUAAAAUAUGUUUAAAAAAAGAAAAAGAAAACAAGUAGUGGUGUCCCAGCAGAAUUAUACCCUUUUUGGGGGGAUCAAAAGUGGGUAUCAAGACUUUAUAAAUAGCUCGUAAAUAAAAUGCGCGCGACACUUGUUUAAUUUAUGCUAAACAUGUGCAGGUAAGUUCUAGCUAUGACGUCACAACACCAUAAGAAGGCGUGUCGAUGUCCAUUCGACAGUUUAGAAAACCCGUUGUGCUUUGAACAUAAAAGCCCGCCACCUUUUAAGUCAGACUUGCCACUUUACAAUCGGAGCUUGAGCGAUAAGGUUGUCCUUAGUAUGUUUUCAGACACUAAUAUUCAAGUAGAUUCGACUGCUAAACUUCAGCUGACUGUGAACGAAGUUAAACAAAUCCAUCGCAAAAGGGUUGCCUCUAUCAUCGGCCAUGUGUUUCAAUUAACGUAUUCUGCAAUUUGUGACAAGCUCAUCCAGGAAGCCAACGUAAACCACUGCGAUGGCUGCGCCAUUCAUCAUCCGAGCCAAAAAGAACACUCUUGUCUUAUGAUGGAUAAUGAAGACGCAUGGAUCUAUGAUCACAAUGAAGCUCGUGUGAAAACAGACCUCACUACUGUAAAGAAAAGUGCCGAGAGUGUUUCUAGUGAUCUUGGGUUUACACUUGGACAGACAUGGGAAAGUUAUUUAACUGAGUUGCGUAAGUUUCCUUGGUCAAGUACGCAUCUAACGUCUUUGGAACUCGAGCAUUGCUGAGAUCAAAAUGUCAAGAAUCGCGGUUUUGCUCUUUAUUAUGGUCCCAAUGGCUUGAGAGGGAACGAUUGCAUUGUUUUUGACGGUGACGAAGCCUUUGAUGAAACUGCUUCAAGAGUUGACCCGACUGGAACUGAAUGCCCAGAAACAAUUUUAAGAAAGAACCAAGAAUUAAUGGAUGUUGAUCUUGUUAUUAAUGUAAUUCACAACAAGCCCUGUUUGUAAAAGUAAGAAAGCGGGUUUGUGUGUGUUUAUCUUUAUCUUAGUUGAGAUGGGGCUUUCUCUCUCUUUGCUUCGAGUCGAAUUUUCUUGGUAUCGCUCAAUAGCAAAAAAAUUAACAAUAUCUACAAGUGAAAUGGAAACGCUUAAAGAAAACUUUUAUGAACUACCGGGUUCGAAUCUCGAAAAGUUAGAGCAACUCAAUUCUGAAGUCUUUUCAAAAGUGAACUGGGGACGAUGAGUGGUGUUUUUAAGUUUUGCUGAGCAGUUGGGCUUGACUGAGGAGGAAUGGGAACUACUAUUUCAUUUUCUUGUUGCCACUCUCACCCAGAUUUGAGAGUAGCAAUGGAAAGGAACACCAUGGAGAAAACAGUCAUUGGGGCUUCUCCCGUUGGAGUAAACACCAGUGAUGGGUUGCUGUCCACCUUCAUCGGCUUUUGGAUUCGAAAAAAUAUUAAAUCGCAUACGUUACGUGUUAGCUUGUUGCCGUGGUAAAGUCAUGGUACAAAACUCCGAGUUUUGUGAUGGACAAAAGACUGGCCAGUAUUUAUCUCGAUCCAAGCUUUGGUGGGUUAGAUGCUAUUUACAGAACGGUCAAAGAGAAAGGCGAGACUAAGAUCUCUCGGAAACAAGUUCAAAAUUGGUUUGAGUCAACAGGACGUUUACCCGCUUCAUAAACCUGCCAGGAGAAAUUGUAAAUGUUGUGUCAUUGUUCGUGGUAUUCUCUAUUUUCGAAUUCCCCAUAAUACACUCUGUUUGCCCCCCAAAUUUUGCAUAAACCAUUGUUUUUAAAUGCUCCUGGGAGUAUUGCAUUUUCCCAAGAGCAUUUUAAGACAAUAAGUUAUGUAAAAUUUGGGGGGCAAACAGAGUGUAUUAUGGGGAAUUCGAAAAUAGUCAAUUGAUGCUCCAUUUCAGGCCGAUCUGGCAGACCUUCAAAGUCUCAGUUGAUACCACAAAGGAUAUAAAUACUUACUGACUUGUAUAGAUAUCUCACGUAGGUCACGUAGUUAAAGUUUUGCGCUGAUAUUUUAUUUGAUCACGGGCUCAAUUCGAAGCCCCAUAGCUUAGAAAAUCUAUCCAUCCUAGAAAAUUCGGCAAUCACGUGACCGUACACCGACCACCCGACCUUCCGUCCGUCCGCACCACAGACAUACCAAUGUUUAAUCUCACACUUUCUAGCAAGUUUGGGAGCCUGCAACCUGAUAUUGUACAUCCAUGUUUUGAUUAAUUGACAGCUGUCAAAAUAGUGUUUCUGCUGACCAGUAUCGCAUGACCGUAUCGCGGGCUCAGGUAUCGACCCACUGAGUUCGUGUGUUUUUUUGAAGGUAUCCGCUGACAAGUUGAUACUUUUCAAAUGAUGGCAGGCUCAAGUUAAAUUUUUUUAAAAUGAAUAUGAAAUAAGUCGUGUUCAUGAGCAGCACUUUUAAAAUGUUGAUUUCGAACUGACCCCGGACGCGAAAAUUCAAACCGGCUUUUUGCUUUUGACUUUUCUUACUGUCACGCGUUGAUCACGCUCUACGUCCAAUUCUUAUGUUCUGAUUGGUCAAAAUUUGACAGGUGAGUUCAUGCGGAAAAUUUAUGCAGCGUCUGGAAACUUGCUUACUGAUAGCUGAAGCUGACAGAGUUUUGUCCGGAAGUUUUGUGUCAUCUUGUGACGUUUUAAACUGUCUUUUUCUACUUGGUGUACAAAGUGAAAUACAGCUGCUAUCAAGAUUGUUCUGUAAUUCAUGGCUGGUUUGUUUAUUGCGCUUUUUGUUGACAAAUGCACCGCUUGUCAAAGUCAUUGAAAAUCCGAUUUCGGAUGGCAUCGUUUUCAAAAAUGAGCUUACUCACUUGCCAUUGCUUGAGGCGUAAGAGAGUUGAAAAGUCUCAAGCGAUUCUGGAACACUUGAUGACCUUUAGAAGCAGCAUCUCGACUGGUAAGCCUGAGCAAUUAUUGUCUUUGAUGUGUUUUUUUUUCGGUUUCCUGAAGUCGAGGGUGCGGCUUAAGUUUAUACACGAACAAUGAUCUAACCUACAAUAGUAUCAGUUUUAAAAAGCCCUUAGACAUUUUUUGACCGCAAAUUCAAAGAAAAGGUUCCGAAGAUUAUUUAGUUAUGAUUUUGCCUAUAAACAGAAAGCUCUGAGCGAUUUUCUUGCCUCGAGUUCAUCUUGAAAAAGAGCAAACACCGGGAGCCGGCUUAAAACAUAAAUAAGCUUAUGCUUACCUGACUCAUGAUUUUCAGAGACACUUUACUGUCAAUACUUCUCUUCGUGAAUGAAAAUUAUUGUCUCUGUACAUGUUUCACCGAAUUAAACUUAUUUUAUUGAUUGUUAGUAGUCCCUCUCGCAAUUUUCAUCGCUGCACCGGUUGUUUCCAGUCGAACAUAAAUAUCGCAUGCAGGAAUACUCAAAACGCCGCGCGUAAAUGUCCCUCGCUUUUAAAGAUUACACAUAACAAAACCAUACACAGUUUAAUAAAUAAAGGGAAAUAAAACCUAAACAUAACAAUUUCUCUAUCAUGUUGAAGCGUAAAUGGUAGCUCUAUUAGUCGCACUGCAAAUUUCGCUGUCAAAAGUGAGAAACCGGCUAGCCGAAAAGGUGAUUUUGGGAAUUUUUUUUAUCGUUUUCAUUUAAAGCCCGUAAUUAUUACCCUGCAUAUCACAUAGGACCAGAUUUUUCGAACUUAAAAGUCCCAGCAUUAUCUGAGAAUUCUCUUCAUGGCAACGUUUUAUCAUUCAAUGCUAUAAUUUGUUGUGAAAGGAAGCGCGUGCUUUGAUCGUCGCGGAUAUUAAAUGAGUGCAAAUUCUCUUGCAAAAUUGUGAAAAACUGCAGAAUUGCAGGUUUAAAUAGGGCAAAAAAGAACAAAUUCUGUCCGAGGUCUGUAUGAUAAAAAAGGGCCUCAGAGUACUAUUUACCUGAGACAUGAUGAGAAAAAGUGUGUUUAAAAGGCUGGUUUACACGCCACCAGAUUCGUCGCCAAGAUUUACUAGUAAACUAAACUUGUCGAACACAAAAAAUCCGGCCUGAUUUUUUAUUUUGGCCUCUCUUUUAGACAGAGGAAUGCAACGUGUAAAUUGGCUGCCACCAAGGACUAUCGUGGCGCGUGUGUUUCUUAAAAGUAUAUUUCGGGGUUGUCCAAUUAACCAUAGUCUCUAAAACGGAGCAAUGUUGAAGAGACUGGUGAAUGCCACAGCUGAUGCAAAUACAAUACACGAAUAGGUCUAUUUGUUUUCCAGGCCUAAUCUACUGUGAUCGAACAUGAUUGCUAUUUUUGGGUGUACAAAUAAGACUAUUUAAUAACUUGACGUAAAAUUUGUUUCACUCUUGGACUGUCAAAUUAUUUUUCUCUAAAAUCACUUAGCCUUUGCCUCAAAAGUCAAAUGAAUGUGCCCUGAUCUGUGGAUCACAAGUUUAUUGUUUGAUUUAAAUUAUGAAUUUAUUAACGGGAGCUUCGCUUUUAGCCCUGGCUAAAUCUAUAUAUUAUACACUUUUUAUCACUUCUUGUUCUACCGCCUUUGAAGUAGAUAUUUCUGGCACAGCUUCCUCUUUAGGCUACUCAUUCUGGUGGAGAGGGGGGAGAGGAACGCUUUCCUUUCUUUUCUUCGCCCAUUGUUCUCGCCUCGUCUUUCGCGUGCCGCUCGACCUGACAUCUUUCGAUAUCCCUAUAUGGAGGGCUUUCACGCAGACUUCAAAUAUUGCGAUUUUUCGUUCUCGUGGGAGAUGGUUACAUUAUCAUCAUAAUGGCUCAGUGAAUUUCAAGCGUGUCCACCAUCCUUCUCCAGGGUAUAUUCCCACGGUGGGCAUUUUCCAUCAAGGGGAAUUGUCAUUCUGAAUUUCUCAUCAUCUAACACAUGUAUGGCAUAAAGCACAAGCUUAUCAAUUAACGAUUUGGUGACUUAAAACUGCGGAUUUUAUUAUCGCCUUAACCAAAGACUAUUAAACCACAGGGACCUGAUCAGGUUUGAAUGGAAGAGCACCCUGGUCGUCAAUAGGUGAAUGGUUGAUGCAUGAUCCUCCUUUUAUAGCCUGCUGUGCAUUGUCGUAGAUCUUUAACUAAGCAGGAACUCCGUGCACGCCUGUGCCGAUAAAGUAGUGGAGACAGUUAGUAGCUGUUUGAAAGUACUAACAAACGAUAAGAAAACAGUGAAACAGUGAAGCAAUUUCAAAUUAACCCGAAAAAAAUUUCAGGACUUCAACGGGAUUUGGACCCAUGGAUUCUCCGUUAGCGCUGCAGUGCUCUACAAACUGAGCUAUGAAUACCCAUGCAUUGAGAGAAGGCCAAUUUGUUGAGUUCACCUCAACCCAUGAAUCCCUGUGAAAGAAAAUUCCGUCUUCUCUUGUUAACGUCCUCCUUAACACGUGAAAUUAGGCAUUUUUACAUCGUGGUUGUAUAGUGACGGCAGAAAAAUUUACAAAAAAGAGGGCUGCUCUCGCAGCGUUGUUGUUUUGCUUUAUUAAACCCAUUGCGUAUUUGACGUUCUUCAAGAGUUGCCGUCGUCGCCGUCUUCACGUCUUCUUGGCGUCCACAUGACCUGAAACAAAAUAACCAAGCAAGUAGCGCCUUGGAGUCCAUUUGGAUCAUCCAAAACGGUUUCUUCCUCUGAAUACCCGCAAAAAUGGAGAAACCAAAUCGCCCUCCAACGUAGGUCUUCCGAUUACGCGGCGCGGGCAUGUUACAAACUCAACUUGCUCCUAUAAUGCACCGCAGAAUAUGAAACAUGGAUCGUGCAUCAUGUUUCACGGGGGAAAUUUUAAUCGAAAAUAGGUAUAUAGCAUGUACGUAUGUGAAGAGGUGUUUAAAUUACUGCUUUUAGUUGCUGAUGAACAUGCAUGUUAUACUCAAGCUGGCGUUUCCUUCUUCAGGUGCUCUUUCAACAACACGAUCAAAAGCAAUUGCAAGAGUAGACAUUCCAGUUUUUGACUGGCCAAAAGCACCAUUUCCUUACCUGCAGUAUCCACUAGAGGAAAAUCAAAGAGCGAAUAGAGCAGAAGAAGAGAGAUGUCUUGAGCUGGUAAGGGACGAGGAGAUGAUGAGCUUCCUCUUUCGAACACAAACGUCAGCACAAAUGCUCUGUAAUAUAUAGAACAUAACGCCGUAUAGAUUGUUAAAAACAUUGAUAUACGCCCAUAAUCAACGAAGACAAGGACAAAAAAGCAUCCAUGUCUUGUUUUUCCUGUGUUACUUUAGGCUCGGCAAGCUAUAAUCAACAGCAACAAUGCAGGAAAACCAGUUGCUGCCAUUAUUGUGGAACCUAUUCAAUCAGAAGGAGGUAAGCACUUGAACAGCCCAUUUUAUAGUUGCAGAUAAAAACGGGGCUGGAGUUGACCUUGUUUUGAUCAGGUGAUUAGUUGUGAUUAUUUAUCGGUAAAAAAUAUUCCUUUCAUACUAACUGAUAUUUUUCCACUAUAAUUUUCUUUCCAUAAGAAAAGGAAAGAGGUUUGUAGCAAAACAAGGUCGACCUUAGGCCAACUUUUACUCUUAGGCUAGGAUGCUAGGCCCACAGCUGUCAAAUGUGACCGUCCACAGGAUUUUAAUGCUAAAGGUGAAAGCACGCGCACGACACGCUUUCACUUUAAAACAAAGGAAUUUAUUUUAACACGCUUUAGCACGCUUGCAAUCUUGCCUCAUUAGCAAUUUCUUUUGUUUCAGAGGACACGCUUGAGACAAUUAAGCGUGAGCAAGACGAACAAAAGGGCUUGUUAAAGUUUUCAAACAAAAGCUCCGUGCGAAAAAGCACAACACGCUUUCAGUGUGCGCAAAUUACGCAAGGCGUGUUAUCUAUAAGCUAAAGGAAUUUCCUCUACAAAAAGGAACCGUAAAUGAUUAUGAACGUACGGCACCCUUUUUUGGUAACUAUCGAGAAAGAAAAAGUUUGUCGCUUGAAAAGUAUAAACAGUGAACGGUGGGACCUACUGGAUUUAAGGGUAGAACUUUAUUAGCAUUGUAAAAUCAAAGUUCUUUCCAGAAAUGUUUACUGACGAAGCUGUGCAAAGGUUAUCUUAACUUUCCUUAAUUUAAAACGCAUUUGCAAUUUUCUCAGAAACAGUGAUCUUUCGGACUUAAGUCACUUUCUCUCCGAUCGCAGCAAUCGCAGCGAUCAAGUAGAAAUCAUCAAGAGCCAGGAUCGCUAAAUUGUAUUUAUUUUUUAGCGAUUGCAAGGAUCGUAGUGAUCAAAUGAAAACCAGCCUGCUUUUCUACAUGUACCAAAAUUCCAAAACGGUUUCAAUGUUGCUUAAUUGAUCCGGCCGGCAAUAACACAAAAAGUGAAACCGGUAUUAAAAUAAUGUAUGUAAAGUUGUUCUUCUUGAAAUAUUACAUCGCGUAUGCUUCAGUCUUAUUGUCCAAAUUCCGUAAUCAUCCUGUUGUCUUUCUUGUGGCUGCCUUCUGUUUUAGAACCAUCUAAACAAACAUUCGCACUAUGAAGUUACGGCGACCAAUUUAGCGUCAUCAGAAGCAUUACGGCCUACAAUUAUUUAAGUGUCUUAAAGUAGUCUGCUACACAGCCGUUUUAGUUUCGUCACGCAACGCUCCUUCCACUGAAAACGGCUGUUUAGCAGACUAUUAUUUAAGCGGCGCGAAAAUAAUUUUUGAUUAUGUGGCGCUAGUUUAGUGCGUCUUUUAAAUGCCCAUUUUACGUUGAUGUACGAGUGGAUUUGUUACCCUCCUGAAACUUGGUAGUGCCUUGAGGACUAAAUUAAAACAAAGGGGAAUUUAAGAUAAGACAUAAAAAAAAACAGUCGCCUUUAUAUUUACAACCAAAUUUUUACACAGAAACUAAUUUCUAAAGAAAUAGUCUACAAAAUCAAAUCAAACUUAUGGCGCAAGUUUGAUGACAGAAAUCGCAUCUUUUCUUCAUUAUAGCUUUUCGAAGCCAAAAGGUCCUGCCGUGUUGCCGUUGGCCAAUUCUCUCUCUGAAAAUAAUAGGUCCAUGCAAGCCAAGACAACUUCAGUCUUUUCGAAAUAACAAGGGCUUCAGCAUUAUUUUCCCGAAAAAUUUGGCUUCCAAUUGAAAGUUUUAGGAAAGUGAGAAUUUUAUCGUAUCUUCGGUUCCGAGAAUUUUAGGAUUCCUUUCUCUACGAAAAAUAGCUUAACCUGGGGAGUGAAAUGGAAAAAAUUAAACUUCAGAAAAUCGUAAAGAAUUUAUUAGAUAAGCUUCGAACUGAUUAUUGUCUAUUAGUAAUAAGUUCAUAUAAGUUCAGAAAGUAAACUACAUUAAGGCUACAUGUAUGUUCACUCUAUACCAGAUAGCUUUUGCGGCCGCCUGAAAACCAUACCAUAUGGCUUCUAUUCACCUAUAAAAACGGUGAUUUCGGCGCGAUUUCUGUAACGAAGCGUUUCUGCACCGUGUAGAGAGGAAAAGCUACCUGGUAUAGUGUGAACAAAACCUAAAAAUAAUCACUUACAAAAUUAACUACUCAGCAAACAUUUCUUGCUCUAAGUUAGGUUGCUGCAACAAGAAGUCUCAGUCUUAACAAGGUUUUAAACAUAUGUUGAAAAUUUUGGACAACCAAAUAAAACAUUAUCAUUGGAAUACAUAAUGUAUUGUUUUUUUGUAAAGGUGACAACCAUGCAAGUGUAGAAUUCUUUAAAUCCCUGCAACAGAUCGCUAAAGAGGUAAGAAUUCAUGAACUGUGUAUUUGCCCUCCCAAUCUUAACUUCAGCUCCAAUUUAUUACAAUUUAUUUACGAGUUUACUAACAACUUAAACAUUCAGUUUUAUGCUCCUGAACAUUUUAAGUAGCAGACUCGCCAUGUAUAACCGAAUUUAGGAGAAGAAAUGGAAAUCGAAUAAAAGUGUUGCAGAUCGGAUGCCGGCUAUAACCACAGAGCUACUGGGUCACUCCCUUCAAAGAGAAAUUGGCUGUACGUAGGCUAAUAAAGCCAACUACAAACUCUGCGAUCAUAUUUAACAGUUUCAGAGUCAAAUAACAUUUCAACCGUUGGUCAUUUUAUGGCUCGGUAUUUUUAAGGGCAAUAUCUCGGCAAGGCAGCUCUGUUGACAUAUCACGUGAUUUUUCUUCGUGUACCAUACGCCUUUUCAUUUGGUUCCCCACAUGUUAGCAAUGACGGGAAGUGGGAAGCGAUGGCUGAAUAGGUUACAAUAUUCUAAAAAAGGCAAAAUGACAUGAAAUAAGAAAACUUUUGAAUUUUAAAACGGAGAAAACAUUUUUUGCAACCUACACGCAUAAAUUGAUGACUAAUUAUUUGCAAGUUUAAUUUCGUCAAGUCUAAACAAAGGAGGAUAAUACCAUCCUCUUGUCAUUCGUUGUGGUCAAACUAUAUUAUAAACGGCCGAGUCCAAGCGCGACUGAUUUAAAGUGUCGCCGCCGAGGAAACACAAGAGCACAAGAGAGGUACACGAAAUAAUCCAGUAUACUCCGCGUCAACUGUAUCGAUCAAACGAUAGAAUUUCACGAGGAAGCUUCAGGUUUCCUUCUCAGGUCUAUGAUUUUGUUUACCGUUUAAAUUCUUCAUCGAGAUUGUUUGACUGGAUGUAAAUAAAAUCUAAUAAACCCUUGUUACGGGGUCCGCGAUGAAAUAAAUAUUCACUAAAUACUUCUCAAAUGCUGGGUACUGAAUUUGUGGUAAAGUAUGUAUUGAAUUUAGAAGGUGUCAAAGAAUUUGGCUGCGAGAAACUCAGUACGCGACCUUUUAUACAUUCAUGAUUAACAUGAUUGACCAGUAAAUAUCUUACUGAGCUUGCGUGUACACCAGCAUGUACGCGUCUUUUGCAGCUUCAAACACUGUUGACCUCCAACACUACUACCGUGAAACAGUAACUAAGGUUGCAGUAAUCUCCUGUCUGAAUACAUGAAAAAAUAAAUAAAUGCUAUUUCAUUGGAAACUUGUUAAAAAAUAUUAUCAAAUGCAUUCCGCGCGCAACAGUUGCUUGUCUCUCAUCAUAAUAGAUAGCGCUAAAAAUACUCCACGUUUAAGAUGAAAAUUUUCUGGGAAAAUGUGGAAUCGAGAGGAGUCGAUUGGGUUCUUUAAAUGUUCGAAGUAUAAUAGAAUGGAUUUCUGUCUCAAUUCUCAAUCGACUCCUCGUUUGAUUACGGAAAUGAAUGAAUAAUUCGAAAACAGGAGGGCCAUUAUGAAAACUACUGGGUGACCAGUAAUCAAUGUCUUUACCCUCGUUAAAUAAAGUUAUUACUUACUUACUAAAACACCAUGCAUACAACAGAUAAGCAUCAACACACGGUCAAAUCUUACAGAACGUUAGGAUAAUUUAAUCAAGAAAUCAUUUUGUCAUUUUAAUGAAAGUUGGGAGAUUACGCUAACACCUACUUUACCUCCAUAUCUCAUUCUUAUAGCGGCGAAAAUGUUUCCUAAACCGUAGGUAGAAUUCAGGUUUUCAUCUCACAGACUGGAAACAGUCACCCCGAAAUAGGCGCAAGGCACGCUGGGAAGAUGGUAAUAUCCUCCUUUAGUCUAAACUGAGUUUGCCAAAAGUAUUUUUUAGUUUAGCCACGGGUAAUUUUUUUUCCUUUUUUGCUGUUUCGUUAACCUUACCAAACCUUGGGUAUUUACUCGUAAGCGUUUUACAGUAAACACUCGCCAAUAAGAACCUACAUUUUUUAACAGGCCGCGCCAUUUGCGUGCACAUGCGUGCAUCCGCUGAACGACAAUAGUGUGGGUGCAUCAAAUUUGAUGGUGGGAAUCAAAAACUCGCUUAAAAAAGCCAUUUCGCUGAUACUUCCCCAAAGAAAAUAUUGUCCAUCACAAAAAUCGGACGUUUAAUACGUGGGUUUCCAGUGGAAUUUUUUAUGCCAGUUCAACGAGACACGCUAUUUUUUUGAAAGUAUCUUUUAGUAAAAGAAAUAGAGUUCUGUUGAUGGAAAGUGCCCAAACUUCUCCUUGCGUCUUUGUUUGCGAAAGCGUGGAGAGUUUAUUUUAGGACAUUUCGGGUUGAAAAUAGGGCCAUUUUGAGACGCUGACCUCGAAAACUGAUAUUCUUACUUUUCUCGACAGUAGUAGCGGCUUUUUCUAGUACAGUUUACACCAGAUAGCUUAUCUAGCAAAAAGCUAUCCAUGGACAAAAAAUAAAAGAAAUCGAUUUUUCUACUUUUGCCACUCGAUGCUCUAAAUUUUCUCACCGUCGCGUUUAAAAAGACGCGGAUUUCUCCCCAAGGUCUGAUAGCGGAGCUCCACGCGGCGCGAAGCGCCGCGCAUGGGCGGAGCCCCAUAGCUAAGAAAAUGCGGUAAUCUACCCAUCCGAGAAAAUUUGGUAAUCACGUGACCGUACACCGAGCAAGCGACCGUCUGUCCACACCACUCGCAUACCAACGUAAAAUAACUCAAUCAACAGGUAUGGUAACCCAAAUGCAACUGAAGGUUUUAUUUGGAAGGAAAUCAUAUGGUCGCCCGGACUUUUGGAAAGAAAAACAACAACAAAGUCGUGUCUUUUCGGCGUCAUUUUUUAUGUUUACACUAACGUGGAUAACAGAGAAAGAGCUAGAGCGAGUUAUUGAAAACAAAGGAGACGAAUUUCGUGGGAAGAAAAACAUGGAAAGUCAAAGCGGCGGUGAGAAAAUGAGAAAUGCUAGCGGCCAGCAAGGUGAAAUGAACGGCAGUGAAAAAUAAAAGCGAACAUGAAUACAGGAGACAAAAUAUUGGGUAAGCACAUACGCCGGACAAUUCCUCCAUAAAAAUAAUGUGUAACUUGGAAGUUUGACGUUUUAGUUGUAAAAAACGGCGUUGUAGUCGUGCAAAACAACGGCAAGGGAAAGACAAAAAAGCGUGCUGCACGUGCAAUUUGUUUUUUUGCUAAUUAGAUCUAUUAGUCUUUAAGCCAUUUUCAUUGUCUUCCCCGUUUAGCAUUAAACGAUUUAAUUUUUUUUGUUCACUCGUAUUAUUAACCAGAGGUUCGCCUUUAGCCCUGGCUAAAUCUAUAUAUUAUUUCUUCUCAUCCAUCUGAAGUGUACAUGUUUUUGUUCGUAGCUGGAUGCGCUGUUUAUUGUUGACGAAGUGCAAACCGGUUGUGGAAGUACUGGAAAAUUUUGGUGAGUGCUGAAGAAGACAAAAGCUUUUAUUUAAGCCCCUAGACACGUAUCAAUACAUUGCUUUGUAAGUUGGACCUCCAUUAUUCUGUUUUCUCUGUCUCUUUAACAUUUGAUAUUCAUACACAGGGCUCAUGAGCACUGGGGUCUUGAUGACCCUCCUGAUAUAGUGACCUUUUCAAAGAAAAUGAUGAUUGGCGGCUUUUACCACAAGCCAGAAGUUCGAGUUCAGCAGGUCAGUUAGUCCGGGAGCCGGUGUUGCUGAAAAAGUUCCUUGGGAAUGUCGUGAUGAUUUCAAGGGACCACUCUUGAAGUGUUGAAGUGGGACUUAUUAAGUAACAUGUUAAGUGUUGUCGGCACUUCUGUAACGCGUACAGCAGCCGUAUCUACGGGGCACUAAAAUAUUACAUCUGGCUACUUUGCAUGAAAACGAGGCCAAAGAUUUGAGUUGUUCAAAACAACUGCCGUUCAUAUUUCCUGUGCGACUAAUAUUUUUAAGAUAAGAAAUUUAGGUCUACAGAACUAAGGUCUCUGGGUACUCAGAAUGCGGAAAAUAAGCUACAUGAAUUUUAUUAUAAAAUUUGUUAUAAUAAACUUGCCGACGAUUUUGUAGCACUCGAAUGUUUAAAUGGUCUUAAGAUAAUGCCUGACACGAAAUUCAAAAGCUUCAUCAAGUUCGAUAUUAAUGGAGUCGGCUUCGUCGAGUGAGUUUGUAAGUAGGUAGAGAGGAAGGUUGUAGGCCCGAGUUAAUCAGGUGACUGUGUAACUACCGCUGCCAGUUCCUGGGGCUGCAAAUGCAGAGGAAUGGCUGUCGGCAAUUUGUCCAUAGAAGAUGGUGCCAGUCUUUGAAAAGUUUGAACCUGUCAGUGAGAUAAAGCGUCCGCUAAGCCAUUGCGUGAACCGGGUACAUGCUUGGCCUUAAAACACAAGCAAACGCAAGCAAAUUAAAACGAGUUGACGGACAAACGACAUUAAUCUUUUAUCUCUGCAAGAAUGCUUGUUCAUAACAUGUAGGAGAGCCUCAUUAUCGGUAAAAAAUAAAGUGGUUCUGUAUCUCAUACAUGACCCACAGGAACAGACGUAAGACUAUAGGAAAAGAAUUAAGACGUAUUCCAUCAGGAAAUUGGGUAAUUUUAAUUUUCGUUGGACAAAAACCUUGUACCAAAAUAAUUUGAACAAUAUCGUAUUCUUUUUUAUAUUUUUCAAGGGCUAUAGAUGUAAUUAGCUAUCUGUAAUAACACCAUAGAAUACUUCUUAUAAGAUCCCGAGAAAAGAAAUGUCAAAUUUCACAAAAUGAAAUUUUACACAUGAAACUUUUAGAAUUUUACCUUUGUUUUCGCAAUUCUUGUGAAAUUUGACAUUUAUUUUGUCGGGCUCCCGUGAGAAAUAAUCUUUGGUGUUAAUACAGAUAACUAAUUAUAUCUAUAGUCCUUGAAAAAUGUAAAAAAGAACGCGAUAUCGUUUAAAUUAUUCUGGUACAAGGUUUUUGUCCACUGAAAAUUGAAAUUACUCAAUUUCCUGAUGGAUUCCGUCUUUUGAAAGUAAAAUGAAAACCCUUCAGUAAACCACGCCUUCAGCACUCGGCAAUUGAAUGAUCAUAACCGCCAAUCUAUCUACUCGAACUGGGGUUGGCAGUUUCCUUUGGCAGACAGGUUGUUUGGUGAUUGGAUUAAUACCCCCCGUGGGGCAAGAAAAUUAUAAGUUGAGCCAACGUGGUCACCGUUUCACUUAAAGCAAUUACGCUUGAAAUUACAGACAUGCUGCAAACCAAACCCCGAUUAAACUUGAAGCAAAACCCCUACGGAAUGACUCCAAUGACCUUUUUGCAUUUGGAUAUAUGAUGGCUAACUAUGGAGCUACGAUCAAUUAUCCAGAUGCUUGACAAACGGAUUUCUGCGUGCGUUCUUGCUCGACCCUGGUGGUCUGUACGUUAGUGAAAAUGGCGAACUAUCAGGUGUUUGAAGUACUCUUUCUUUGGUAACAAGACAGGAUGCUUUACAGCAACGCGUAGGAUGCCAUCUUUGUCCAGGAUUGGUUGGAGGCGAUGCAUGGGGCUUGAUCUCUUCGUCACUUUUCUUUCCCUUCCCUGUAUCUCACUUCGUUGUUCUGUUUCCAAGGCCUUGACCUGCUCUAGGAAGGCGUGGCGCUGGACGUGUGUGCAACUCACUCCUCCACUUUUCCCACCUGGUCCGAAAGACGUCGGGUAUAGGCUUAUCCCAAUCAGUUGGUCUUGUAGAAUUUGUUUACUUGGCAACAAAAAGGGAGCUACCAAUGCCAAAGGAUUGUAGACUGAACCGACGGAGGCGAGAAUCCCUCUUCUCGUUAAAGGUCAAAUAAACCGGAAAAAUUGUACUUUUUCCUUUUGUCGCUUUACCUUCACUAAACACUAAAAUAGAACCAUCCUAAGUGAGAUUUGGGUAAAGAUUUUUCUUCCCAAGCCUUUAAAGAAAGAUAAAAGAUCAAAAUCCAAGUAUUUCCGAAGACUUCACGACAAAGUUUCUGAAAUGGCUGCGCGAUGGACUGGACAUUACGCGACGUCAGUGUUGGUCUUCAGGGCGGAAAAACGUUCUGCGCAAGCUUCUGCGCAUCUCUUAUCACAGGCUCAAUGCGGGCUUUUCUGUUUGUUAACUGCGUUUGUGUCGUUCUGUGAGAGUUCAGACUGAGACUGAAUGAAAUUCACGAGGUGCGAACGUUUUCUUGUAAAGCGUUUUUAUUUGUUGUUGUUUUUUCGUCACUUGAAAAGUACUUUGAAUUCAGAACAACCAAUAUUAGCGUAAAAACGGAUCAUUCCGUCAGUCUGAGGUGGAAUAAAACGUUUUUGAACAUUUCCAAAGAGGUUUGUAUUUUUCUGUUAAUUGUGCGUUCGAUUUGUGAGUUGAGUUUUGUUCCUGUGCUUCGCAUUCUUUCGCCGGGCUGAAUUAAAACCCGUUUGUAUUCUGUUAUUAGUAGUUACGGUUACUUCUUUUACACGCCCAGAUUUAUUUAUCUUUGGAGAACCAGCUUUAUCCUUGUCUUCAGUCAAAUAACCGUAAUGCUAACGCGUGCGAGUGAGUAAACUUGUGCGCUUAAACUUUCUCGGAAGUAUAGAGGGGCAGCAAGCUUACUCGAGGAGAAAAGACUGUUAUUCGGCCUUUAACUGAGGGAUUGACUGAGACAACUUGAAUGAAACGAAGCCAUACUUUCUCUACUUUAAUCACACAAGGACUCCUGGAAAGACUCUAAAAACUACUUCAUGUAACGUUUCCCCUUUUACAGUAAUAAACGAUCUUACUAAAAAUCAGCGACUUGAAUUUAGAAAUUAUCUGACCUAGAAAAUGCACUUAAAUGUCUUUCUGCUAUUUGUUGACUUGAUCCUAGAAAGUAAAACUAAAACGCAACAAAAAACUAAAGUUAAUGUCAAAGUUCAGUUGAUAAAUCGUCUAUUAAACGUAGUCUGCUAAUCUUGAUGGGCGAACGCUGACUCUGCCACUUCUUGUAACGAGAGUCAGAGUUGCUGCGAUUUCCUUUCUUCUUUCGCUCUAGGUUCAGGGUGGACAUCUGCUGGCUUUGGCAAAGGUGCGCUCUGCUUGGUGGAGCUGCUAUCGGUGAUGAUGGGCUGCUGAUGUCCUUGACUAGGAUCUUGGCGGAUGCACUUCCGAUUACGUCUGUAUAGGUUUCCGUUCUCUGUUUCGAUCAGGUACGAACGUGGGCCGACUUUUGCCACACACGAGCCUUUGUCCCAUGGAGCUUUGGGGUUUACUGGCUGAAGACGUACUGGUUCUCCAAUUUGAUGCUCUGGUAAUGGUCUUGCGCUCUUGUCGUAAGCUGCUUUGGCCUGCUGCCUCUUACAUUUAAUGUUGUCAUGUACACCUUCGACAAUUUCAGGUUUGAGUAACGCUUCAGCGGUUGGGACGGUGGUCCGAGUUCUUCUUGACAUGAGCUUUUGAGCCGGACUUAAAUUGUUAAUGUCAGGUGUGUUUCGCCAUUCCAACAGGGCCAUUUGGAGAUCUUUGUUUUCUCGCUUUGCCUUCUUAACCAGAUUUUUGGCGAUCUUAAUUGCUGACUCUGCUUUGCCAUUGCUCUGACUGUGGAGUGGCGAACUGGUAGUGUGCUGGAAUUCCCAUUCUCGUGUGAAAGCGGUGAACUGAUCGCUUGAAUAUUGAGGACCAUUGUCAGUAAUCAUGUCUGCAAUACCAUGCCGGGCAAAGUGUGACUCUGUUGCCUUGAUCACAGACUCUGUAGUUUCAUCUUGCAACAAAUCUAGUUCAAAGUAAUCACUGUAAUAGUCAACAGUCACUAGGAAGGUCUCAUUUCCAUAGGUGAAGAGAUCCUGACCAACCUUUGACCAUGGGGUAUCUGGAAUCUUACGCGUCAUUAACGGUUCCUUCUGUUGUCUGGCUAGAAAGUCAUUGCAAAAUUCACAGUUUUGAACUUGUUCCUUGAUUUGGCCUGCCAUACUUGGCCAAAAUAACACAUCACGUGCUCGACGUACACAGGCAUCGGGUCCUAAGUGACUGAAAUGGACUCUGGCAAUCAUCUGAGGUCUAAUGGAAAUGGGAACAAUGACCUUCAUUCCUUUGUACAAUACUCCGUCUUGCACUGUUAACUCUUCUUUGUAAUUCCAAUAUUCUCGAAUGCAAGGUGAAACAUCUUCUUUGGAGACUGGCUAUCCUGUAGUAACAGUGUUCAUUAGAGUCUGCAAAGUGGGGUCUGCAAGAGUGCGUUGCUUAAUCUGCUGAUGGGUACCCUCAGAUAAGCGCAUGUAAUCAACUUGAUUGAUGCUGGCAAUUUCUUCAAACAGCUGCUGUUCUUGCUUGAGUUGGAAGAUUUGGUACUCGGGUGUUCUCUUACACUGGGUGCGGUCAACUUGGAGGUAAGCUCUGCUAAGCAUGUCCGCUAUGUACAUUUGGGAACCAGGAAGAUACGUCACAUUUAGAUUGUACCUUUGCAGACGCAGGAGCAUUCUCUGUAGCCCUUUAGGCGCUGAAUGAAUAGACUUCUGGAAAAUGGGCACCAAUGGCUCAUGGUCUGUUUCUACAGUUGUAAGUUCUCUUCCGUGUAAGUACUAAUUAAAACGACUGCAAGCAAAAACAAUCUCCAAGCAUUCCUUUUCUAUUUGAGCGUACUGACGUUCAACAGUGCUCAACGACCGUGAUACAAAUGCAACCGGCUGUCCUUCUUGGAGCAGGUUUGCUCCCAAACCAGACUCUGAGGCAUCACAUUGGAUAGUGGUUUCACUGGCCACAUCAUAAUACUUCAACAGUGGUGCAGAGCUGAUCAUGCUUUUGAUUGCUUGGAAAGCUUCCUCCUGUGAGCUGUCCCAAGUGAACAUGACAUUCUUCUCAGUUAACUUGCGUAGUGGUUCAGACACUUUUGAGAGCUGUGGCAUGAACCUGGACAAAUAAUUAACAUCCCAGAAGACGUUGGACCGCUCUCUUAUCAUCUGGUCGAGGCAUGCUUGCAAUUGCUUCGAUUUUUAUAGGAUCAGGCUUUAGUCCUUCUGACGUGAACAACUGUCCCAUGUAAGUUACUUGGUCUAACUUCAACCUCAACUUGUUCUUGUGAAAUUUCAGAUUAACACUGCGUGCACUCUUUAGUAAGUUCACUAAAUUGCGAUCGUGAUCAUCUAAAGCUUCUUUCAUAGAUUGUCCGCUGCCAUAACAUAAGAUGUCAUCUGCAAUUACUUCUACUCCAUUGAGGCCUGCGAGCGCUUCAUUCUGGCGCCGUUGAUAUUCUUCUGGGGCGCUGCUGAUUCCUUGUGGCAUGCGAAGGUAACGAUAUCUCCCAAAAGGAGUCCAGAACGUUGUAAGGAGUGAGCUUUCAUUGUCAAGCUUAACUUGAUGGAACCCAUCUUUGGCAUCUAAUACUGUAAAUACUUUGGCCUUUGACAGCUUUGGUAGCACCUCGUCCCCUGUCGACAUCUGAUACUUUGGCCCCUUUAUGGCUCUAUUCAAAUCACGUGGAUCAAUGCACACCCUCAGUUUCCUUGGCUUCUGCACAGCUACAAGACUACUGAUCCAUUCUGUUGGCUGAGUUUCCUUGACAAUGAUGCCUUACUUUUCCAUUUCAUCAAUCUUUUCUUUCAACUUUGAUUUGAGUGGUAUUGGUACAAGUCGAGGAGCAUGCUGCACUGGCUUAAUGGCUAGAUCUACUUCAAUGUGAUAUUCUCUGGGCAGGCAACCAAGUCCUGUGAACACCUCUUUAUAUUCCUUUAAAAGUUCCUCCAUAGUGAGGGGUUGAUAUUGCUUGCUAUUUAAUGAGUGAACAGACGCUUCUGUUCCUAGGGAUAUCCAACCUUGGUCGGUGCAUUCUCCAAGACGUCAAAUUUUAUCUUGCAUUUAGGGCCACUGUUUUGGCUGACUGAAAAUGUGUACGAACCAAGUGGAUUGACAACACUACCAUCAUAAAGCCUUAUCUUGCCUCCAGGUGGAUCCAACUGAACUUCGCCAAGUUGCAAAAUAUUCAACAAAUCUGUAUAGGACAUUGCACUGCAAGUCGCUCAAGUAUCCAGCUGAGUUGUAACUGUAGGGCUGUACUCUGUGUGAAAGGUGAAGGGUACCAUAAAGGAAGAUCUGGUUUCAUUGUUACUGACAACUCCAAUGCGCUCUACAACAAAAACAGAAUUAUCUGAUUCAUCACUAUCCUCUGCAAAUUUCUGAUGCGCUCCACUUGUUUGAUGAACUUUAUUGUCUGGUUUACUUGGGGACUGCCUCUUUAAAUGACACUUCACGGCAAAGUGGCCUUGUUUACCACAUUUGUGACAGGUUUUACCAGACGCAGGACAUUUGGCUCUAUCAUAUGGAUGUUCGGUGCCACAAAACUUGCAUAGACCAGAUGGUUUUUCUUUUCCAGACUUGUUACGACCUCUCAAGUUUCCAUUGCUACUACACCACUAUUUCCUUUCCUUUUCUCAUUUGCUGAAUGAUGCUUUUCUGCUGCAUGAACAGUGUUUGGAGAAUCAACAGUGUCUUUAAACUGCUCUUUGUGAAUCCUGGAUAACUCGCUGGCUCGAAGAGCUUCAAUACACCUGGCUAACCCUGGCACAGGGCGUUCUCGAAGUAGGCGGUCACGGGUGGAAGAGUCUCGAGUGCCAAUUACCAAUCUGUCACUAAUUAAGUUUUCACAAAGAUUCUCAAAUUCACAUGACUCAGCAAGCUGGCGCAAUCUCACUACAUACUGAUCAAUGCUUUCAUUUUCAGCUUGACUGGCAAAACCAAAUUUUACUCUUUCAAACAACAAAUGUUUUUGAGGCAUAAAAUGGUCGCUUAAGACAGAAAGAAUCUUCUCUGGGUCUUUCUUGUCAGAUGUAGUUAGAGUAGUAAGGCUAUUCAUUACUUUCAAACAGUCCAUUCCCAUAACACUGCAUAAAGCCCCAGCCUGUACUUCUUUAGGUUUCUUGUUAAGUUCAGUGGCAGUGACAUAAUAACACCAAGCUUCUUAAACAUUUUCUAAUUUUUUGAUACAUCAUCCUUUACGUUCAUGGGCGCUGGCGGUGGUAUUUGAUAAAAUGGCAUGUUGAAGAAAACGAAUACUCACAGUUCUGAUGCUUUCUAGUUUCUUUCAGCUAAACAAUAUGGCGACGUCUCACCACGUGCACGACUCGCGAACGAGAAAAUAAUAGGGACUUUACGAACCAGAACGCGACGCAGUUUGAAAACACUGAAACCGAGAAGGGCCCGGGGCGAGAACGCGGUCACGAGCGCGGGAAAAACAAAGUUACGGAUGCGAACGCGACGACAGAGGCAGAUCUGUGCAAAUCCUUUAAACUCCGCUAAACACAUUUUCGUUUUAUAGCUGGUGUUGUACAUCAUAAAUGGCAACAUUCAGAGAGGCAAGGGAAGCUUUAUUGUUUGCCUAUCAAGAUGGAAGCAUUGAUGAUACAGAGUUUGCCCUGUUGUACGAUUUAAAUUCUUCUGAAAAUCUCGAAUUUCCUUAUUGGAAGUAUGGUCGCUUCGAUCUUGAUGCUAUGACAGAUGAUGAGUGUAAGGCUGAGUUUCGGUUUUUCAAGAACGAUGUUUAUUUACUCGGAGAAGUUCUUGAUAUUCCAGACAUAAUGAAAUGCCCCAAUGCCGUUCUUGUGGACGGAACGGAGGCUUUGAGUGUGCUGUUGAAGCGUUUUGCAUACCCGUGUCGCUUUGGUAGCUCGAUUCGGGAGACCAGUUCCACAACUUUGCAUGAUUACAAAUCGAAUGAUGGACUAUUUAUUCGAUGAAUAUAGCCACCUUUUCGCAGAUUUAAUUCAGCCAUGGCUUUCCAGAGACCGUCUCCGUCAUUUUGCUGCCACUAUACAUGCUAAAGGAGCUCCACUCGAAAACUGUUGGGGUUUCAUAGACAGAACAGUGGGACCCUUAUGUAAGCCAGAUGAAAACCAAAGAAUUCUCUAUAACGGACAUAAAAGGGUGCAUGGGAUAAAGUUUCAGUCCGUAGUUGCGCCAAAUGGGCUUAUCGCAAGUCUGUUUGGUCCAGUCGAGGGUAGGAGACACGAUAGUGGUAUGCUAGUCGACUCAGGACUUCUGCAAGAACUAUCGCAUUACUCGUUUGCACCGGACGGGACACCCUUAUGCGUUUAUGGCGACCCUGCCUACACUUUGCGUGUCCAUUUAGUCCAUUUACAAGGGCCCUUCAAAGGCGCUCAUUUAAAACCAGCAGAACAACAGUUCAACAAGGCCAUGAGCCAAGUCAGAGUUUCGGUAGAAUGGCUAUUUGGGGACAUUGUUAACUACUUUGCAUUCCUAGAUUUCAAGAAAAACUUAAAAAUAAGCUUAAGUCCUGUUGGCAAAAUGUACAUUGUGUGCGCGCUCUUGAGAAACGGUCACAGUUGUCUUUAUCCAUCAAGUACGUCGAAGUUUUUUGGAAUAGAUCCACCCCAAAUCCAGGACUAUUCCAAUUAGGUGUCUGAGGUUCAAUGUAUUCUGCAAUUCUGACUCAUUUUCAAAAGGUUAUAGAGCCAUAGAUUUGCACUGUGGUCAUUAUAACACAACGGGGAAGGCGGAAAAGUCAUAGAAAAAUAUAUCGAGUCUAAUGCAAUAUAUAAACAUAAAAUUGUAAUGCCUGCAACCUACUAACCACCCGCCCCCACCCCUUAUCGUGCUUUUUAGUUCAGUAUUAAUGACCACAGCCUAGGCACUGAAAUACAACUCACAAUUUUUUCAAUACAACUUGAGAUUAAACUUAAUCAUUAAACUGAUUUUAGUGAAGAGUACUGUUAACCCUACAAGAGAGAUUUUAAAAUUAGAAAUGUGAGCUUAAUAUUUGGUCUCAACAUACUCCCUCCCCUAGACUCCCCAGCCCUUUUUAUCCUACGGAGUUUUUUAAAACCUGUUUUCGAACACAUAAAGUAUCACUAGUUUCUUUUAUAGCAGACUGAAAAUACAGAAUUUUAUUGCAGUUUACGCUACAGAAUGCGAAUUUUCAAAAAAGUUAUUCAACUAUUCUAGACAAAAAGUAUUUUCUAAUAUGCCACCAUCCAAUGAGAUAACUGCAAUUAAUAGAACAUGACAAAAGGCGGGCUCCUCGGCACAAGAAAAAUGCGGUGCCACUGUUGAAAUACAAACAUUGAUCGCUAACAGAAAACGUUGGUCGUGACUCUUGUCAAAACAACGACAACAGUUAAUACAAUAUACAAACUGGUUUUGAAAAUCAAGCGACAGCUAUACCAGCAAUACUGGUGAAUUUUAAGUGAAUUUGUUCACAAGUUUAUCCAACAAGUUUAUCCACAGCAAAGACAGGCUUGGGACAGGUAUUCAAAGUGUUGGCUAUUCUAUCCCAAAUUUCGCUUCUUUGCGACGAACCCUUUCUUGUUUUGAACGGAUUCUCGGAAACAACCUCUCUGCAUAACAGGACAUCGUGCUGGCUUGUCCAGUACAUCACAUUACUGCGUGAAAAAAAGAACAGUCUGUUUUAGUUUUUUUCAAUGAAGAACAUAAAUAUAAAGUUUAAACUCACUUUAAUCUUAUAGUUAAGCAGGACAGGAGAUUGAAUCUUCUAAUAAACUAAAUUGGACGUACUUGCCAGUUUUCGACUUUGGUAACGAACUCGGCGGGUCUGCGUGUUGUCCAUUCAUCAUAGCGGUAACCAAUUGACCUGCAGUAAAAGGCAAAUUAAAAUGUUUGUUUGGUAUUUUUUUACAAUAAAUAACAUUUUCAUGGACUUGGAAAAACAGUUUUGCCUAUAAGGUAGCAAAAGAAAAUUCAAUUCUAGGUCAAAUUCAGUGGAAACUACUCACGUUUUCUGGAAACGCUGCAAGUGCCAACCUCGUGUUCUGAACGUGAAGAAGACGCGUUGCAGUUUAGCGCCAAGCAUGCGCAGUGAAGCACUUUGUGAGCAAAUUACUUCCGGUGACGUUUCAGGCUGCGUCGCGUUCUGGUUCGUAAAGUCCCCAAUACCACAACAGCAACGACGGCUUCUCUGAAACGUUCCCCUUCUUCUUCUACUGCUUUAGAAUUCUUGUAACUACGAUUUUAACUUCUGACACCAUGUUAUUCGGCCUUUAUCUGAGGAAUUGACUGAGACAACUUGAAUGAGACGAAGCCAUGCUUUCUCUACUUUAAUCACACAAGGACUCCUGGGAAGACUCCAAAAACUGCUUCAUGUAACAAAGACUACUUCGAUCAUUUAUCUGUUGCUCAAGUAAUAAAAGUCAGAGUUUUUUCCUUUUUUAUUUUUAAUUACACAGUUUUUUCUUUCUGUACGCAUAUUUUCCUUUUCACUCGCUGUGAAGUAGCUGAGAACGACAACUGCCGGCAAUGGCUUCAAAACAAUUGACUCUUUGCUCGUAAACAAUUGUUGGGGCUGGAUUUGACUGAAGCGAGCAAAACAAUUCCUCGUGUGCAGUUUUCUGUAUUUUCUAUUGAUCCAGUUUGCUGAGUUUAAUUUGCUUGAAUGAAGACCCUCACAUAGACCAGUUAGACUUAGUAAAAGUUGCUAACUGGUGAAUCAUGGCUUGGCUGCGAACCUUGGAACUGAUCUUUUGCUUUUAAGAUCUUUAGGUAGGUUGUUUUCGUAUAGAAAAUUCACUUAUUCAUUGUUAGCAGGUAUAAGAGCCUUGAGCCUUAUUUCUUUUUAAUGAAAAUUUGUCGUUUUGCAAUCUUAUUGAAGCUCUUUUUAGUUCACUUAAGCUUAUUUUUGUCCGUGAUGGAAUUGUUCUUUGCUUGUCGCAUCUCUUGCCAGCUUAAAGUGGCGUCUAUGGUCCUUAAAGUGACCUCAGUCGGUGAUUAAAUCAUAUACAUAACUGGAUAGAAGUUUUUGCAAUAAUGUAACUUUAACUUUGUUUGAAGGAAAUCUUACUUACGCGUAGGUUUUUGACAGGUGUUAUGCAUGUUCAACUUGACAACACAAAGCAAGAUUUUUCUGCGCGAAACGAUCAAGUUGAAAAAACUAUAGUUGCUUUGAAACCAAUUUGGGCGAAGAUUUUACUAGAUAAAGAUUAACUCUUUUUCUGCCCACAUAUCAACGGCAAAACUUCUACACUGAGGAUUUUGUUUAUAUUUUAGUGAACUGCGAAGCUACAAGUGUCCGAUCGAGCAUGGGCUUUAAAAUACCAGCUCUAGUGCGACCAAGUUCAGUGACUUCCUUAUUGUGGACAAGCUUGAAUUUCUCUGGGCAAAUCACUGUAAUAAGAUAUUUUGUUUUUUUGUCCUUAGUGGAGCUUUGGACCUUAUAUAUCCGGGAACUUCCAACUUCCUUAUAUGAACACAUUUUGUGAAUGCAUCUUGAAAAAAAUCGAACCUACGCACGCACAUUUCCAGUACAUCGCAAGGAAAUUAGUGUCGUUUAAGUCCUAUCCGUCUUACUAUGAUGUAUUCUCCGAGAAAAUGAAAUAAUGAGAAGGUUAUAACCACAGCUUGCAACUUUUGAAGGCAAAUUGCUUGUUCUUUCCAGGUUUAUGGCAGCACAAACCACCAUAAUUUCUGCGUCAAGUCGACUCGAAAAACACUGUUUUAAAUUUCUCGCCUUUUUACCUGAUCAACAUUGACGGCACAAGCUGUUUUGGCCGACAAUGUUUCCGACCGCUCUACGAAGAUAAGGGUCAAAUAAUAGCAACUUUUAAUGGCGAACAUCUCGGAGAUGUUUGCUUCAAUUGAGCUGAAACUUCAUAGUAUGAUUAUUUGUUUCGUAUUAAACACAUUUCCCUAGAAUUGAACUAAAAUAAAAAAUGUCGAAAUUUUGAUUCAUUUGACCUUUAAGGGCCGGUCCUUAAGUUCCACACGAAACUGGAGUUCGUCUGAUUGAACUGCCAACAUAUAUAUGUCAUACCAUGGGUCAAGUGGUCGCCUAUAAGAGGUGACAGUCGCUUAGCAGAAGAGGUCAUUUACAAGAGGUUCCAAUAGCGGGACUUUGACUGGAAAAAGUUUGGUAUAUUGGGCGCUUACGAGAGGUGCUCGCACAUGAAGUACGACUGUACAUAAUUUGUUACACUUAUUAACUUUUGACUUCAGGUGGUGUGACCGCGCUAAUCCCUACUAAUAAAAACUUAGACUAUAUUGCAUGGCAUCUCAGACUAUUUAAACUGGUGAUAAGUUAUUCCAACAUACCUCCAAGUUUCAGUCUAUGGAAGGUUCAGCCUCGUUUUCAUGCAAAGCAUCCGUGUUUAAGAAACGGUCCAGAUAAGAACGAUAGCAACAACGGCAACGAACAUGUUGGAAUGCAAAAAAGGUGCUAACUUUUCUACUGUCUGUACUUACUUCUGAUUGGCUUAAACAGCAAAAGUUAACAAAACUUCAUAAAGCGGUACAUAUAUUCAUCCUUACUUUCCAACCAUCUUCUAUAUAACAAAAUCUGGUGUCAGUUUGAAUUACAAAGAAAUCCUAUGUGGGGAACAUGUAAAAUUGUAAACUUUUCUUGGUUAUUGUUUUCAACUCUUGUAAUUGGUCAAAAUCUUUUAACACAAAAAAACAUCCGUUCAAAGUGGAGUGUAAAUGCAUUUUAUUGCGUAAACGGCCUUCCUGUAGGUUUAUGCAUUCUCUGUGUAAAAAUGAGAACAUUCCUAUGUGGGGAAAGCACCGUUGCCGCAUAACAAAAGAAAUUGCUAUCCACCUUACCCGGAUUAUUACUUAAAAAACCCUCUGCAUGCAACACAGAAGGUAAGCAUAUUUAGUUUUAGGGAUGAAUUAUUUUAAAUGAAUAAUAAAACAAUUAGUUAAUUUGGCUUGUGUGUGAUCUGGACUCUUCCUCGAUCUACAUUCUUAGGUGUCCAUUUUGUAUCGUAGUUUUGUUUGAACGGCCUACAUGCUAAUCAGUCUCCACCUUUUUACAGCCUUCGCGUAUUUUUAACACCUGGAUGGGUGACCAAAGUAAGCUUGUCCUUCUAAAAGCGGUUGUUGAAGUAAUCCAAGAAGAGGGUCUGCUCCAAAGAGUUCAGGAGAGUGGACGAGUACUGUUGAGUGGUUUGGAAAAUAUUCAGGUAAUCUUAAUUGUUUUUUUUUUUUUUGAGUAGACACUGUUCCGUAAUCUACUCAGUCGUGAAGCUUAGCAUGUUUCGAGUUUAAUGCAAACAAACUGGAAUAGUAGAUUUUACUUAUUAGGGGCUUGUAACCCGGCAUUAAUCUGGGCCCAGUUGUUCGAAGGCCGAUGUUUGCCAUGUCGAUUAAAUUAGUUCAUGGGAUGCGAAAUUCAUUUCGGAAAAAAUCUUAAAUUGGAUAGGUAAUAGAGAGUAUCCAUAAAAGCGGUCCGGCCGAUCUCACUCAAAAAAUAGAUUUGCGUAUUUCCUGUAUACUGAAAGACUUUCAUGUCCUAUUAAUAAAACCACAAUCCGCUUGAUCGGAUCUUUUAAAUUUAUCGAGUUAUGAGAGAUUUUCUGAUCACCUCAGCGAACACUCGUGGCGACCCAUAUCGAUGCUCAAAUUUAAGGAAACAUUGGAGUUGGAUUUAACGAAAAAUGUCAGGUCAUUUAUAAAACAAACACCAAUACCGGUUGAACUGAGUCCUUUUGAGCUACCAGAGCGACUUUUAUAAAAGGUUAAGCGCGAAAGAAGAGCAUACUGACAAUUAACGAACCCCAUAUUGUACUGUUUGAUCAUCCACACGAAAACAGGUCAAAUUCAAACUUUAUUUCUGUAAAAGUACAGCGAGCUAUUUCAAUUAAAGUGGCUCAUUUGGAAAGAAGGAAACACAUAUAAUGUCCCUACAGAAGAAAACUUUGCGGUAUCUCGCUACUGAAAUAAUUAUAGCUUUGUGAAAUUGAAAAUUUUUCAAAAUAUCUAAGGUUUUACCUCCACUUUGACAGACCCGUCGGAAUAAAUUUUUUCAUCACCAUCGGUUGCAAACAAGCCCGAAACAACAAAAAAGACAGCAAAAACUAUACGCGUCAUUUACGAUGAUCUUUAUCGAAUUUCGCUCUUCCAUUCCAGAAUAUGAGGUUAAAUAUGAGGUUACUUCCUUUCAAAACCAUGGAUGUUUAACGGCUAGUUAUGAACUAACGGGAUUUUCUUUGAGUUUCCUGAGGAAUCGUAGCAAAUUAGUUUAUCCAGACUAUUUUCCAGCUACGAAUUUAGAAACUGUCAAAACCAUCCGUGGUAUCUGAUGUUUACUUCCUCACGACAACCGCUAAUCAGACUAUAGUGGUGGAGGCUCACGUGGGCGUUGCCGGAGGGGGUGGGCAGCAGUUGCCAAAAAUGAUAAUUUCGAUUUUUAAAGGUAAGCGUUUUGUGAAAAAGGUUCUGAUAAAAUAUUAUAGAUUUUGCUGUAAUAUCUAUAUUUUGAACUCUUUUUUAGCAAAGCGUUGUGUUUUGUCAGAGGAGGCAAUACCACAAUCUAAGUAAACAAAACGAAUCUUUUAAUUUAUAUAAGCAAUUUUGGGGUUAUUUUAUUUUGUGAGAUUCCCGCUAAUUUUUUGCAAUUCUUGCAAAAAGACCACCUUGUCUGUUUUUCUCAAUUACGAAUACACAGUCGACACUAAUUGGCGUUAGUACGUCGUUGUACAUUUGAAGAGCUUCUGGCGUCUGCGGAUUCGUCCUUUUAAAAAGCACAGCGGCGCAGGUGGUGCAGUUUGGUUGAAGGUUUGUAAUGAUGGAAUCUUAAAUUAUUUGAUAAGCUGUCAUUUUUCCAAAGAAGGGCUUGAAGAAUACGAGCUCAGGGACUUUGGAUUAAUUAUCAGGAGAGGGGCUGAAAAAAUUAGCUUAAAAUAAGAAAUUAUCAUGUGUGCCCCCGUUCCCAAAGCAGAAUUAGUUCAGUACCCCCUCUUGAUCUCUUGAUAAUUUUUACUAUCCCCUCCCCCCCACACCACCAAAGUGUUCAAGUUAAGAAGCUCGCACCUUGUGAAAACAGAAGAAAUUGAAGGAAAAAAAAUUAAAAAAAAAAAGAAAGUGAAGUUGAAUUUGGCCUUGUAAUGGAUACUAGCUAAGGAUUAUAGAAAAUUUACGACACAAGUCAAUUCUUUUGCAAGGACGAAAUAAUUUGGUAAGGGACUGGUCAUUGUUUGUGUUGAGGCGGGGGGAAAUACAUUGAAAAGAUCAAAAUAUCUGUAAGGCCCCCCUGCAGACCAUGUAAAUAUCAAGUGACCUCCCUUCUCUAUUCAAUAUUUACGUGAUGUCCCCCCCCCCAACCUCAAAAUCUCCUCGUAUAUGCUCUACGAAGUAAUUAUUAAAAUGCAAGUAACAUACUAACCAUAAGAUGAUUUGUUAAAUAUAGGAAAAGUGAUAGAUUUUUAGAAAUCGUACCUUCAUGGUGAACACAAAUGUAUACAAAAUAUAGUUCUUUUGAAAUGAUUUUCCUAUAUGCAGUUCUAAAAGGACUACUUUUCUUUUUUUUUUUUUUUUUUUUUCAUGUUAUUCUUCGGCUAUUGAAGUGACAAGCAUUUUGUUAGGAGAAGAUUCAGUCAAACCGCUAAAGCAGAUAGGUCUGGAUUCCUAAAUUAGCUAAAAUUUGAAAUAACAAUGAACUUUAGAGUACAAACAGAAUUUCCGUCAAAUACAGAUGAACAAGUUGUACAAAAUAGUGGUGCUUAACAAAAAGUAAUAGGAUAAGAAUAAAAUUGUGCAAUUUAGCAUUACUGUUUCACACAUAUUGUUUGUGCUCUACUGUUUAACUGCUUUACCCAACUUGGCCAAUGGACCCCUCUUAAAAUUAAUAUACCUCGCAAUCAAACCACAGAUCCCCCCAAACGUCUUUAUAAAAACGUUUAGCCCCCGUUCUAGCCAAUCUGAAAUAGCCUUGACCCUUCCUUUUUCCCUCCCAUCCUCUACAUUAAUAAUGACCGGCCCCUAACAUGUCUAAAAUGAGAUGAUAUAUUUUUUUAUAUAAACUUCAAAUUUUCUAAGAUUAUUGAGCAAUUGACAGUACAUUUCCUGUUUUACAAUGCAUGAGGAAUUAUUUUACAAUUUAAUGCAAAGGCACAUGACAUAAAAUGAAAGUUAGGGCCCCCCUGUAAUGAGAGUAAUUUUAAUUUGAGCCCCGCUAUCUUGGUAUUAUUUUUAAUAGAUAAUUCCCCUCGUAGUAUUGUAUUUCGGCUUUGUUUAUGAGCGAAAUUGAUCGACGGCAGCGGAUGUUUUUCUUGUUGUGAAGUCAUCAAGGGGAAAUAACGUGAAAAGUGAGACUAAAGUCUGUAGGAAAUAUAAAUGUAAUAUGCGUGUAGGGUAACUCAAAGUUAAAUCUUUCAAAGACAUUUUUUCGCUACCAUAUAGCCUUUGAGGCUUCUACAUCGCUUUUACCAUGUUACUUUUUGUUUUAAGUUUGUUUGUAACCGACAUUAUUGCAAAGUUUUUAUUUUGAUGGGUCUGACAAAAUGGAGGUAUAGAUUUGGAUAUUUCAAAAAUUUGACAAGUUCACAAAGCUUUAAUUGUUUCAGUAGCGUGAUACCGCAAAGUUUUCUUCUGUACUGACAUUAUAUAUGUUGCCUUCUUUCCAAAUGAGCCACUUUAAAUGAAAUAGCUCGCUGUACUUUUACAGAAAUAAAGUUAGUAUUUCGUGGGCAUGAUCAAACAGUACAAUAUGAGGUACGUUAAAUUGUCAGUAUGGCCUUCUCUCGCGCUUAACCUUUAUAAAAGUCGCUCUGGUAGCUCAAAAGGACUCAGUUCAGGUGGUGUGCGCAAUACGAUUGCGAUGCAAUCGCAGGUUAUAUGAUUUAUUUUUCAAUAGAUACAGUUCUUUCCUUAGAUCGUUUUUCUCGAUUUCAUAAGCAAAUAUUUGUUUAGAUUUUUUCUGUGAAGAAAAACAAAUCAAUAUUUUUCAUUUCAAUCUAAAACGUGGAGCCCGAAGAUUCCUCCUGUAAGAGCAUGAAAUUUGAACCCGCUUUUUUAAUUUUAAGAAGCUAUUAUUUCCAUUAUAUUGCUCGUCGAAAGUAGAAGAUAAUUGUAAGUGUUUCUACAAACCUUGUUCUACGCUAAUUUUUUAUCGCUCCCCAACGCGCCCCACGUUUUGUGAUACUUUUUUCCAAUGGGCAUGUUUUCAUGGGAAAAUGUAGCCUCGCGAAGACCAAUGUGACAUGUUACUGGAAGUGUUACUGUUGUAAUCGAAAUUGGUAUAUAAAUAGGCUGAUGAGUACUCUGAUGUAGGAAUAUCUGUUUCUGUAAUAGGACUAAAAAAGCGUAAUAAAAUUACAGUCAUACAUGUGAUUCCCUUUAUAGGUAUAAAAUCAGUAGGAUGAGAAUUACAGGUAUUAAAUUAAAUGAUAAGUUUGAUUAUACAGUUAAGCCAUGUGCAUUUUGAAACCAGCCAUCCUUUAUGAAAAAUGGUUUUUGGGAGAAUUGCAAGAAUAGUGCAGUAUAGAAGAAGAGUUUCAUAACAUCCACCAAGCUUGCACUUUACCUUUAUUCAGAGAAAUAUGCACAUCACUCUUGAAAAUCAUAAUCUACUUCCAAGAUUGGUGUGUGUUGUUGUGUGGAUGUUAUGACUUUGUCAGUUUCUUGCCUAGUCCCUGUUUUAUUCAGUGGUGAUUAGCCUCUGUAGCAAGCAUUUAAAAGGAAAGGGAAAGGGGUUUUGGGCACAAGAGAAAUGCGAAGAGUGCACGAGGAAGGAGAGAGUGAUUUCAACAUUCACCUGGUUGAUGCAUAUGAUGCAAAAAAAAAUUAGUCGCCUGUAUGGCAGGCAUUUCCCUCCCUCCUUCCAUCAUAUUUCUCUUGCACCAAGACCCACUUUCCCUUUUCUUUGAAAUGCCUGCUACACAGGCAAAGUGAUGUCAUUCAAUCUGUUUACCCGUUUACAAAAAAUUAAUAUAUAUCAAGCAAUUUGCAUAUUUUGGUGGCUUUAGUUAAAAUAUAAAUUGCUUGAUCAUUGAAUGUACUUUUGACAUUGGAAAACCAAGGCUGAAAAAAUGGUGACAGGGAAAGGAAAUGGAAAAAGUGGAACAAUGGGGCAGUUAAAUCGUGAGACUAAGAACCUGAAUUAACUAAGUAAGCACACGUUUAGGCUAUUUAGGUUUUUAAAUGGGUUCAUAUUUUCUGAAGAAAAAAUGUAGCUAAGAGUAUUUGUGUUUCACCUUAUUCCUCAUAUAAAGUCUGCAUACCAAAUUAGAAGUUAUGUGAGAAUGGACAUAAAAAGAGGAAGGUAUUUAAAUUUAAACAUUGGCAUUUACAUUGCAGUUGGAGUGAUAAGACAGCUUUGUCUCCAAAGAAGAUUCUAAAUGUUGAUUUAUCUCUGCUCACGUGUACAGAAUUUUUUCAUAGAUUUCAAAAAUAAGAACCUGUUUCAAAUUUUGGGCUAAACAGGUUUUUAUAUAGAGGGAGCUCAUCUGGCAUAUUUUAGCGUAACAGGUUCUUAAAAUUCAGGUUCUAAGUCAGGGGGUUUUACUGUACUACUAGGAUCCACCUCUGCAAUAAUUGGUAACCCAAAAGCCCUCUUUACGGACAACCACUUCAUACAGACACAUGAUCAAGGCUGUGCUCUAGCAGAGCCCUGUGGCCCCUGGCACCUAAGUUUUGCUUUUGGGUGACUAGAAAAUCUCAGACUUUUCAUAUCAUAUGCUGGGCAGCCUAGAUUUUACAGGUUCAGAGAACUGGGUUCCUUUCAAUGUUCCUUAGAGCACAGCCUUGCUCAUCAUUAUAGACAGCUUGCUUUUUUCCCUGGAAAAAAGCCCUUAAAUUUUCUCUAAAUGAAGAUGGACAAUUUCUAUGGUCCCCUCAGUGUCUGUAUAACAGAGUUGACUGUGAGUAUGAUGAGACCUAUGACACCAUAUUUAAAUUAUAAAAUUGGGGUGAGGAGAAAGGAAAGGGGUCUCAAGCUAUGUUGUCCCAGCCCUGAUUACAGGAGACUUGUAAACAUGUAUGAAUUUCACAUUUUGAAGAGUUUUUAUAAUCCAGAAAAAUAUGUGAUAACAUGUGUUUGUACAUACUGACACAAUCAUUAAACAACUAGUGGCUGAAGCUUUUAAAAUCUAUUGACUGCAUCAGGCUUGGUAAUCACAAAUAUGCCAUUUUCAGUUUCAAUCCAGUUAUAAGACAUUCUAUGACUCAUACCAAUAGAAAAUAUAUGGGCAAAUAAAGAUGCUCAAUAUUAUAUUAUCUAUAAAGAGGACACAAGUUCAUUGUACACAAAUACUCUCUACUUUAUUUACUUGUCUUCAUGCGAUGAUAAAUACAGAUGUUAAGCAAAACGAAAUGCAGACUUGGUGCAAACAGAGAAACAAGUCCUUGAAAAGAUGACCCCCUCAACUUCGAUUCUCUUAUUACAGCUGAAUGACAAAACAAAAUAAACUCACUGUCUUUAAAUACCGUGGUCGGGUAUUCUGAAGAAGCUCCUAGUAUUUUAUGAGUAUAUCACAGCUAUGCAUAUCAGUACCUCUUAGCACUAGUUGCACUGAUUUCACAGUGAAUUCAAAAUUUUCGGCGAACCGCGGGUCUUACCUCCAGUGCUUUUCAUGAUUGAAGAAUUGAACAAAGCGUUUCUGUGCCGACUUUUCUCGGUCAGUUGCAAACAGGAUGUAAGUGAUUACGAACAAAAUACACCAGAAUACACUUAUCAACGGAAUGAGACUGUUUUUUCCCUGAGAAUUGGACUUUCUUUUUCAAGAGCUUCCGGAAGAGAUUCAAAGCAAACUCGUAUAUAUCUACAGCGUAAUUAACGAAUAUUCACUCCGCAGUCGAGAUGUUCACUCCACGUCAUCUUGACACAAAUGAUCAGAUUUUGAAUACCGCCCAUGAUGCUUAGCGAUCGUAGUACGGACACCACCUGGACCCAGUUUAACCGGUUUGUGUGUUUGUUUUAUAAAGGACCUGACAUUUUUCGUAAAUCGACCUCCAAUGUUUCCUUAAAUUUGAGCAUCGAUAUUGGUCGCCACGAUUGUUCGCUGGGGUGAUCAGAAAAUCUCUCAUAACUCGAUAAAUUUUAAAGAUCCGAUCAAGCGGGUUGUGGUUUUAGUAUUAGGACAUGAAAGUCUUUCAGUAUUCAGGAAAUGAGCAAAAUCUAUUUUUUUAGCCACAUUGGCCGGACCGCUUUUAUGUAUACUCGCUCUUAAAUGGGUGAUUUUGUGGUAUUUUGGCUUUCCUUACAGGUGAGUGGCUUUUCAAUACUGAAGCUUGCGGUUUAAUCGGAGUUUUCUAUCUUAGCUACUAUUAAGCCGUUUUGUCAGUUUCUGGAGUAUAGAUACCAACGAUACUUCUUUAGGUUUGGUAGUAUUGUACUCUACUGAAGGUUGUGGGGGUAAGGUGAGAUGACUAGAGAUUGACGUCUGUUGGGUUAGCAAAAAUUACUGUUGAAAACUGUAGUUUGCGGGGUGGCCCUGGCUUAAUUGAUUUUGUUUUCUUCAUAGAUAUUUUAUAUGUUGAUAUACAGUGAAACCUCUAUUAAGCGGGCCCCCAAUUAAGCGGACACCCUCUAUUAAGCGGACACUAAGCCGGGUGCCGAAAUUAACGUCUUUUAGUAUAUAUUAAAACAGUGGAUAGUGUUUUUCACGCGCUCUGAUUGGCUACUCAAUAAGUAAAUAUCCUGCACUAUUCACUGAUUCACCUCCAGUUCCUCCGAGCGAGCGACACCAAACUCGCGUAAGUUGCGAGCGAAAUGCCUUCCCGGUUUGCUUCCGUAACAAACAAACAAAUUUCACAACUAAUUAAGCAAGCUGUUCCCGAAAUACACGAAGAAGGUUUCGAAGUUCGGUUUGGAAGUUGUAACAGGUAAAGCUUUGUCUUUUUUACUUGAAUUUAUCGAUAAAACCGGUUGAAAAAGUUUUUUGUUUACAAAUGCAAAUUAAGCCAAAUUAAGUCUUGUGUUAUUUUAUUAGGUUGACUUGUUUAUAAAUAAGCUUAAAAGAAAAUUUGAUAACCUUUUUUACAGAAUGAUUUUCAAUAGAAAAAGAAUUCACAACUCCCUUUGAAGAAAUUUUGGCAAGAAAAAGCGACCACCGUGGCCGUUCGGUCAUUUUGCGCCAAAAUUGUAAUCGUUGGCAACAGUAAAUGAGUUGAAAAUCAUUUUUGUGCUCAAUUAUCUCACUGUUUUAGUAUAUACUAAAACAAUUAUUCACCUCAGUGUCGGUGGCUAGUGGUGGUUAUUCACCUCGCCGCUUCGCGGCCUCGGUAAACACCACUAGCCACCUCCACCUCGGUGAAUAAUUGUUAUAUAUUUCUCUUCAUAACAAACCCCUAUUCAGCGGACACCUCUAUUAAGCGGACGCGCGGACACCGGACUGAAUUGACAAUAGUAGUAUUAGAUUACGUCCUUGAAAUGCGUACUGUAGUCGAUUAAUAAAUAUUAAUCAACACAUUUAGCUGUCAAUAAUCUACAGAUUAGACCGAAAGUCUUGCACAAAGUACAGCACAGCUUCCUUAGCUUCCUUAACAACGUGGAACUUUAUCACAGUACAAAGUAACCGUUGAAAGUUAAUUGCUAACAAACAUUGCGCAAUUUUUACAAACCUCUAUUAAGCGAACACUUGGGAAGGUCCCAAAGGUGUCCGCUUAAUAGAGGUUCCACUGUAUUAUAUUGUUCACCUGUUGAAAGUUAAUUCCGCUGAAACAUUUAGUGAUCUUAUCAGAAACCCCAAACAAUGUAUUGUGUAGAUGCGAAUCAAUUACGAUCCCAUCGCCAAAGUCCUUUUUGUACUGCGCUAAACCUCUCGGCAUACAAAAUCAGGCUCCUACUCUGGGGUGGGUACUGCAUUUAGUCUUGAUGAUGUAAAUUCUUAUUUGAGAGUAAUUUUCUUUCUUCUUUAGGACAAACACCCUAGGUUAUUUUCCCGCUCUCGAGGGGUUGGUACAUUUUGUGCGAUUGACUGCGCGGAUGAAGGCACUCGUGCAGAGUUUAUUUCUAGAAUGAAAGCAAAUGGUAAGUGGUUUGUUAUCAUUUUUUAGCCCUUUAAAAGGCUACCUUUGGUAUCUGCGUCGUAGGGUACACCCUUGUGUGAACGUCAGUUAACAUAACAAGCAGUAGCAUCAAUAUAUGUUUUCUUAUGUAAAUUUACAUAUUUUAUGGUAAUAGGCCGGAUUGGAGUACAAUUACAAUUCAGGGAGUUUGUGCUCCCUGGAAUUGAAAUUUCGAGCCCAGUCGCCAGUAGAGAUUUUCUUCGGCGAAAGAUCAAUUCAAUCUAGUGGAUCAAAAUUGCCAAAGGCUUUAUAGAAGAGCUACUUUAACAAACGAAGCUCGCUGGGCAGGCAAAAUAGAAAUUACACAUGAUUCUACGGAGUAUACUUUUCAAAAUAGUAGCAUUUGAUAAACUCUAGGCCUCAGGACGUUUUAAGUUUCAAAGCUUUCGUUGAAAGGGUUUUAAUCUCAGAGACAAAAAUGGCAGAAACGUCGCUGAAUGUUGUUACACAGCAAGGUGAAUUACAACACAGAGCCUUCAUUGUUUAUUUCCAUCGUUAUUUCAAUGUUAAAUCCGGCGUCAAGUUCAUCUUCAUUAUUAUUAUUAUUAUUAUCAUUAUCAUUAUCAUUAUUAUUAUUAUUAUUAUUAUUAUUAUUAUUAUUAUUGUUGUUAUUAUUUUUGUAUGUGUUCUAGGUGUGGAGUUAGGAGGAGGUUGUGGCGCGGUAAGCAUUCGCUUCAGACCAACUUUGACUUUUUUGCCUCGCCAUGCGGACAUAUUACUAGAAAUCAUGGACAAAGUAGCGUCAGAAAUGAAAUCAUAGUUUUGGUCUUUCCUCCAUCAAAAGGGAAUAAUGGCCCCUCAGUUGCGUCGACCAACAUCAAAUGAUUAUCAGCUUGUUCUGCUAUGACUUGUGCUCAAGAUGCAAAAACUUCCAGUGUCGCUGUAGCGAAGGCAGUGACUUUGCUGGCAACCGUUAGAUUACAAUCAGUAACAAUUUGCUGGAUUAUGCCAGGGCUACUGACAUCUAUCCCUUUGUAGUGUUGUUCAUGAAGACAUCUUUGUAAACUUCAAUUUAUUUCAAUGUGUUUAUGAAAUUUGCUGAAUGGUCCACGCAUUACUAUUUGUUCUUUCCAACGAUCUACACUGGACUUCUCCGUUUUCUCCCCUUAUUGGUAUGGAAUACAGCUUAAUUAACCAGAGGUUCCCCCUCCCCC